AGAAAUCAGGCAAAGUUAAAAAGAUGUUUGGUGGCUGGGACCCUCUAUGUACUGUUGAUGAAGUUAGGUGCUGUUCUGAGUAUUAUUUGUGGCUUUUUGGUUGAGGUUGGUUGCAGAAUUUUUAGUUAUAUCUUCAAAAUAGAGAGUAAAUGUCUAAAAUCAUCCCCCCGCACAGUGUAUAAAUAAAGAAAAUGAGCUGAUAUCAGACUGUAAACAUGUUUGAUUUUGCUGGAAAAAAAGGCUUUGAGGGGAUCCUUGAGUCUCGCAGCUGGCCUCAAGUGGACACUCCAAGAACUAUUUUUUCUUUUUCACUCCUGCAUCAACUCUAUUUUUCAGUGCAGGAAGCUGCUGCUUAAAUAAAUACACAAAUCUCACAUUUUGAAAAGUGUAUUUACACACAUUAUAAAUUCUGUUACUUUCUUACCUGUUCGAAAAUUCAUUGUAUUAAAAAAAAAAACAGCAGCUGAGGCCAAAGAAUAUUUGACUCCCUGUAAAGGUUUGAUAAACAGAGAAACUCCAGUUUGAAGUGAACCUUUUGGCCGUCCAUGAAAAUGUGAAACUCACUUCAGAAACGAGUGCUGGGAAUUUCAAUUAAAGCGGAGGUGAAGAGGUCAUUUAAAGCUGGUGACAGAACAUUCAUUAAAAGUUCCUACUCUUUAAACUGGGUUUGUAAUUCUGUGUGAAAGGGUGUCCUAUCAAAGGCUGCUCUUCAAAUAUAUAAGUUUGUAAUGAAGAAUUUUAACUGCUAGCUAAAUGAACUGCCUUUUAAAUCAUAAGCCGCCAUCAUAAUCCUCAAAGUGUUUUAAAAAGCAACAACUGAAUUAUGAGCUUCUGCUUCCUCUUGCUUUAUUUUAAAAGGUUAUUCAGAGUCAAUCAGCAUUUAUAAUAAAAAUCAUGAAAGUCAGAGCUGUCUCAGUGGAGCAGGUUUGUGCUGAAUGGAACAGCUACCUAAUCUCCAUAUGAAAUGCUCACAACAAAAGGGAAAAUUAGCUGUGGAGAGUAAUUGUUUAGAGUGAAGCACGGAGAAAGUUAGCACGGGGGAGUGAGGACUGUGAAUCAGGGACACGUCAAGAAAUGAACUUCCCUGUAAGCGUCCCACGAGUUAGUGCACAGAAGCUGCUUUUGCUUGAAGUAAUCUUGAAAAAAAAGAGAGAGAAAUGCUUAGCAGGAUUAAUUCCAUGUUGACUUUCUUAACAGGAUCAGAUAGAGGAGUUUAAAAUUGCAGAAUCAAACCGAGAGCCUAGAGGAUUUCAAACCAAAAGCUGAUUUAAGCCUUUUGUGUCUCUUAAAUACUUCAGCCUUAUACAAUGUCUUGUCAUUUAAAUCACUCGAUCUUAAAGGGAUAUUCCAGCGUAAAAUUAAGUUAGGGUCAAACACACCAUAACACAGAGUUAGAUACCCCGUUGAGAGAUGAAUGUUGCCGACCGCUUGCUUCUCUAGUUAUACCAACUUUAGUAACGACCACAGGAUAGCAAUACAGAGAGCCACACGCUUAACCAAAACGCCACUCUAUAGCCACAAAUAAUGCUCAGAACAGCACCUAACUUCAUCAACAGGACAUAUAGGGUCCCAGCCAUAGUACUAGCCACCAAACAUCUUUUUAACUUUGCCUGAUUUCUUGAGCAAAUAGACUAAACACAAUUCACCUACUCCCUUCCAGCAGCCGCUUGUUUCUACGGACUGCUGCAGGAUGACACAGCUUAUUAAAGAACAUUUAUGAUCAGUUCUUUAUCAUAUACUUGAAGUAAUAAUCAUCAUAUUAAUCAUUUUGCACUGCAGACGCGGUAGUUUUUCUGCCUUAGCGUCUCAGUCUGAUUGCAUUUCCAUGAAGUAAUGAUCAUAAAUGUUCUUCCUUGAGCUGUGUCACCCCGCAGCAGUCGAUGGACUUGCCCAGAGGUCUAUUGUUUAGUCUCUUUGCUAAAGCAGGCAAAGCUAAAAAGAUGUUUGGUGUAUAGUGCUGUGGCUGAGACCCUAUAUGUACUGUUAAUGAAGUUAGGUGCUGUUCUGAGCAUAAUUUGUGGUUAUAAAGUGGCGUUUUGGUUGAGCGUGUGCCUAUCUGCAGUCGUUAUGAAAGUUGAUAUAACUAGAGAAGCAAACAGUCUGCAACAUUCAUCUCUCGAUGGGGUGUCUAACUCGGUGUUACAGUGUGAUUGACCCUAAAUUAAUUUUACGCCGGAAUAUCCCUUUAACACUUCAUCACAUAACAGCAAACUAAUCUAUAAAACCCAGAGUCCAACGCACCCAAGAAAAUAUUUGAACUGUAAACUAACACAGGCUAAGCCAGCCGGUGUGGCAUGUCUGUUUUUAUGUCUGUAUACAUGAACCGCAGAGCAGUACAUGCAAGAACCAAACAGAGGUCGGAACAAGGCCAGAUCUUAGAUAUGUACCAUGUUGUAAUCCAUGGCACGGCCUCUGGCAGGUUUCAGCGUCAUUUGCAUUCUUACAAACAGUCCCUGAAGGAAACAAAGCCACACACAGUGAGACCUCCCCAACUAUACGACAGCAGCAUCUCUGCAGAAAACAGCUGCCUCUCUCUGCAGCUCAGGUUGCAUUGUCAUGGACACGGUGUGAGGCGAGGGGGGAAAACCGGUUCGAAACAGAGACGAUUGUUAUGGUAACAGGCGUUUGUUUGGAGGAGUGGUGUAAAUGUAGGUGUGGCUAAUUGCACUCUGUUCUCACAGGGUCACCGCCAAAGUAAAUGUCUUGUUAUUCAGAGCUGAGAGAUAAUGUCAGGUGCCAACAAAUGCGGAGUAUCUCCUACCCCAGACUGGAUUAAAACCUUUAGGGCAAAAAAAAAGAUGCUCCAGUCCCUCCACAUUCCAGGAUUGGGGGCUUUAACCGUGUUUAAACAGUCCUAAUCAGAUCUGUGUGCAGGAUGGUCGAGGGUAGGACUAGAUCUCCAUUGUUGCCGUAGACAAUGACCUGCUUUAGAGUGGUGGUGUGAGGUGACACCUGUAAGGUGCGUCUCUCACACCCUGCAAACAAGGUAUUAGAAGGUCAUUCGACGAGUAAGCCUUAUUUGUGUAGCGCUGUUCAAAACAAAUUGAUUUCCUGACAGAGACAAAAGACCAGAAGCAAUAAAGGUGUUAGAGUCAUUACAUUUAAAUAGUAUCUCCUCAAAAAAGCUGAUAGGUAAUCAUAAUAUUGUGAUUCUCUCAUUUGAAAUCCGAUCAUUCAGUGUGGUUUCUCUCCUUGUUAAUUUUCCUCCUCUUCUAAAUUCUCAUUUGAUGCAGGAUAUAAAUAUUCAGCUGUCUGUGAAAUGAUAGUCUGGUGGUUUGCUUUCUGUCCCUGGUGUUUCAAACUGACCGAUUUGAUCACCGCAGGGUGUGAGAGAUGCUUCAGCUAAAAUUGUUUUUUUGCAGGAAAAUAUCAUAGGACUGAGAAAAAUAAACCCAACACCCAGAAAAAUAUGCGGCGAAACCAGCAACAUUCAUCUGAUUGAAGAAAAAUCACAAAAAAUCAACCUCUUGCGACCACGAGUUGAGGAUGAUACCGAGUCUGAAGAACUUUGUGCAAUUAAGGAAUUCAGCUGUAAAAAUGCAACACUGCUGUCAACACAUGCAGCCUGUUUGUACUCGAGAGUGACUGUCACCAAUUGAGACCCACACAAGACUCGUGAGCAGCAGAGCAUUCAGAGAACUGACACCCCUUCAAAAUAAGAGACAGCCUCUCCUCUCUGUCGGAGGCUAGCAUGAAUUCAGAAAACUUCAGGGAGCUACAGAUGUUUAUUCCUUUCACUGCAAACUAGCUUGACUGGAGAUGAGCGCAGGCUAUUUUGGACAGGACCCCAUAUUUAUUUCAUGGCAAACACAUCAGGAGACAUCAGGAGAAGGCUCAGUCAAACAGAGGCUAUGAGAGGAUAAAAGGGUCUACCUCCAAUUUCUAGGUCAAGAUUUCGACCAGCACUACAACCAGGAGUAGUUUCAAGACAUCAGUACGAGACUGUCAAGCAGCGAGACUUGUGGCUAUUGGACAGAUUCAUUAAGAAUUCAUUUUCCCAUCACUUGUAGCGUCCAGUAUUUAAAAUUUUAUAGCUUUCAUCAAAAGUUUUAUUUUUAUUUGUUAUCCCUAUAAAAGGAAAAUAUUGUACAAAUCCUACAAACCUACACACAUAUCAGUGACUCACCACCGGUUCUGUGCAGCAGAUGCAUGAAAUUAUUAUCUAUGAAAUAAUUUCACUCCCAUUCACAGCAGCACUUAGAGGCUAUUUUACUCCAAAAUGACAGCUUCACAUUCAGAUUGUUGGCACAUCGACUUGCAAUGGAGAGAAAGGAACCCUUUUGAUUCUCAGUCUUGGCACCGGAGCAUCUUCUUGAUCGGUAUAAUUUGAAUUGAGCAGGAACGAUCUCCCACGAGAAGUGUGUACCGCUUCGAGGCAAAGGUUUUUGGUUUGGAAACAAAAAAAAUAACAGGAAGAUAAAACUCUUCCAAACUGGUCUUAGCUUGGUUUGGGUUUGUAGACACAUCACCAGAUACCAAAGAGGACAUUUUAGAGAAAAGUGACAAAAGUAGGCAGAUUUACGAGCGGCUUUAACUUGUUGAAAAAGAAAUCUACUUUCACAAAUCAUGUAGCUUUUAACGCCCUGUCAUUAGUUUGAAUUAGAAAUGGCUUUUAUAACUACAGUGUGAGAGAAAAUCUGGUUAUAAUACUCUGUAAAUUAAAUGACAGAUUUCACUUGAAGUAUUUUUACACUCUGUCAUAAAAAAAUGAGAUUUGAGAGGAUAAAGUGAGAGCUGUUUGAGAGCUUUGCUGUUAAAGACGGAGAGGAAGAGUGUGCCUUAUCCAACAUAUAGGACGUAACAGGCGGCGCUAUAUCAUUCAGUCUUGAUUAUCAAACCGUAUUUUUCGCACUAUAAGGCACACCGGAUUAUAAGUCAAGGAUCAGACUGAUGUACCAAACUCCUGCUUUAUUCACAUGCUAGCAAUAUAUACAGAGAGAGCAUAGUUGCAGCAUUAGCACUGGUGUACUGAAUGAAUGAACGUCCCAAUGCAUGCUGGUUCUGCAUACGAACAGGUGGUACGGUGGCUUCGCUAGGACAAACAAUCAUACAGUCAUCGGUCAAAUGAUAUACAUCCCUUUCCUUUAGUUUGCUCUUCUGAAAUAAACAAUACAUAACCUUUAUAAGCCAAUAAAGACACCUGCAAUAUUUUAAUAAUACAAAAAAAUACUGACAUGCACAGACAUACCUAGAAUCCUAGUUAAGUUCCAACAUUUCAAAUGCAGUACGGCAUAUCAAAGUUUGAGGGGAAGAAUUCAAUGACGGUACCAGCAAUUUUCACAUUGACAAUUAACUGGAAUCUUAGCAUGAAUACCCAAAAUAUCAAAUGAUCUACAGCGUCUAUUCACGUCUAUUUUCAUACAUAAGGCGCACCGGAUUAUAAAGCGCACGGGAUUAUAAAGUGCAUUAAGCCAAACAAAACAGUCAGAUAAGUCAAACUUUAUUAAACUCAUUCAAUAACUCUGCGAGGCUACGGUAGCUGCGGUGCUCCGACAAGCCAAAAGGAUUUUAAGUGCACCUUAAAGAGUGAAAAACACGGUAUGUUGGGGCAAAAUCAGCUGUAACUAGCAUCUAGAUUUGUUUGACUGAGGAGUUGGUUGAGACCAAAACAGAGGUAAAAAUGUCUAACUCCCAGUCUAGCUUUCAUCAGUUAGCCAUAUAAAUAAAUCACAGUGAUAUCUGCUGGUGUGUAAUCCUGCUUUGUCAUAUGCAAGAGUGUUUUUUAGUUAUUAGUUGGAUUUGUUCUGUCAUUCUCAGUGUGGUGUCAUUUUAAGAUGAUGAGUUGUAUCAUCCAGCUGUGUUUUUCUUCAGUAUUUUAUAGUUGAGGUUUAAUUUAGGUAGAUACACGCAUAAAGAUGAAGCUAAUAACCCCCACACAGACAGAGUUUUUCAACACUUCUGCAAACUCGCUUCUCAGAUUGCUAAUAAGACAGGUAAUAAUAGCAAAGCAUACAUAAACUGUAUCAACUCUGACAUAAAUGCAAAUAUCAGACAUGCACAGAUGCACUCAAAGCUGUGUACAAUUAUCAAGUCUUGAAGAAAGCCCUGAUCAGAUCACGAUUGCUAUUAUUAUAACUCAUUAUUUGUAAGUGUCAAAGUUAUAUUUAUUUGCUGAAGAGGUCAUAGUGACAUAUGACGUGUGGUUUGUGUUUGUGAGAUCAGUUUUGUUCUUUCUGGGUAAAAGUGAGUUUUUAUUCUGUCUUCAUGUCUCCAAACCACAUCAGCUUUUAGUGUUGUGAUAUGUGGUUUUUGUACAAAUGAUGUUAAACACGUUAAUAAACACUCUGAUAGCUCUCAGAGAAAUCGAUAGGCGUGUUUUCUUUUACCACACGUCCGCAAUAAAGCUGCCCAAACCUUACCUGGAACCACAUUUUUCAAAAAGCCAUCAGUGAGGAGGAUUAUUGUAAUGUAUGCAAAGCUGAGAAACAAAACUCAGCAUUCUUUCCCUUUCACACAGCACAAACUGCAUUUUGAUGAAAUCCACACAGACUUUAGUCCCAGACAAUAUACGGCUCCACCUGAUUCAGUUGUUGAGGGGGGAAAAUGUUCAUCUUUUAUAUUUGAGUACUUUGUCCCCUGUUUGAUAUUCCUGACAUGCCCUUUUACACUCCAAUAUAUCAAGAGAUCCUAUCUGGCUUUGGCCGGUAUCUCUUCUCGUCUGCUUUAAAGAUUAUCCAGCAAACAGGAUGUCAACCUGCUUUCACCACUGUAUUAAAGGAAAAGAAACUGCAGCAAAAAUGUGCUCAAACAAAUUACUCCAAAAAGUUUCUCUUUGAUAUCUUUACACAGUGAGGAGUUAUUACUUUUUUUAAUUCCAAUAACAGAAUUGCCAUAACAUGACUUAUCUUUUGUUUAAAAGUUAAUUUCAUGGAACAUUUGGGUGUUGCGCGCCAUGAUGAAAAUGUGGCAGAAGAUGUAUUUUCAGAAUACUCGCUGCCAUUUAAAGAAAGGAAAAAAAAAGAAUAACAAGGAUCUGCCGUUUGUGUUUAUUCUGGGUUGUUGCUCAAAGCAUCAGCCCGCAGCAGACUGCGUUUAAGUUCUCCCAAUUGCAACAGCAAUGAGCCGCCAUUAGCUGACAAACCAACAAAUAGUUUCAGGCUCAGGUGAGAAAUAAACAAUACUGACAGCUGACAGAUGCAGGAGUUGUAGCACACAGCGCUACAUCUUCAUGAAUAAUUUCUCAGCCUUUCAAGUUGCCAAUGAAUUACAUUUAUGCAUUCACAACCAGGUAAUUUGUGAAAACAGUCACAACUAGGUGCCAAGCCUGCCAGACUGGGUCACAUAUAUCACACGCAAACAGCUGCAUCCGGCACACAACGCAGGCAGAUACAGAUGGUAAACAUUUCACCUGUUAUACAUCUGAACUCAAUUUCUCCCCCGUCAGCCGGAGGUGGAAUUGGUUUUUCCUUACAGAUUGAUCCAAAAUCAGCUGGAUUAAUUUCAUUGCCUUUCAUAUUCGCUCCUGGUUUUGUGACUUUGUGAUCUUGGCUUCUACUUAGACUCUGUAAAAAAUCUCGACGCAUAAAUCUUCAACGCGGUAUCAAUACAUUUUAUUCUCACAAGUUAUAAGUCUCUGAAGUCUUUGAGGUUUGUUUUAUUUAAAUAUUAGACCUCCCUUGAUCCAAAUGUGAGGCUGAAGUGAACCCUCAUGAAUCAUAAGCUUGUUGGUUUACUCCGCUGUAUAUUUAUGAUGUAAUUUCCUCCACGGUAGACUUGAUUUGUAUAUCGUAUGAUGGUGAAAUACAUCCACGAAAUACUGCUGCAUUUCUUAUUCGUAUUCUCAUUCAGCUCUCCUCUGCUUAACAUUACAAAUACUUUAAUACUGUUUCCUGUUACAACUUCCCAGCAGGUCAAAGUCCUGUAGGAAACCUUUUCUUUUCACAGAGCACAAUGGCUUCACGAGGAAUUUGUCUCGGUAAAUUUGCACCGCCAAGCCUCUACACAGUUCCACAAUAUAGGAUUAUCUGACAGCAUGCAGAAGGAAAACCUUGCACAUUGUGUUAAGACAUUCAAUACGACAUUAAAUCAAAAACAGCUCCAUAGAAAACAGUCCAAUACAAAAAGACACUCAAGCACAGAUCAAGGUGCCUGUGCAAUGAGAUGUCCUCGGACAGAGAUGAGGACUCAACAAUGUGGAAGGUGACAAUAGUCCGGCUGUUUGUACGUCAAGGUUUCGGUGUCCUAACUGGUCAAAUUCUGGAGUUCUACAAUGAUAAACACAAGUUAACCACUUAAAGCGGAAUUAAGGUUGAGACUAGUGUUUUGCAAAAGCUAUCUCACUAAUGAUAGUAAUUGUACCUUAUAUCAUAGCUCUCAAUCACUGCCACCCACUCCUUCUAUCUGUAAUUAAACUGCCUCUCUUCUGCUGUUAAUAGCUUUGAAACAAACUGUCUUACAGUGGUGAUGGACAGGGACAGAGCACAUUACAGGGAAAAAAGGGAAAUGCCAGCUGGUGGUAUUUAAACAUCUGUCAGUGUUGUUCUAAUAAAAGCAAAGCUCUCUGGAUUGCAAUGAUUUUUUUUCUCCCUUUGACUUCAAAGUUUCACUUGUUAAAGGCACAGUGAGGAGUCUGCAUGUUGUGUUCAUGGCUGUAUUCCUCAUGAUGGUCCACUGUCCUAAAAAAGUGGCCCUCGCUAAAGUGUGAAUUCAUGGAGGCAAAUUAAUGGAAUACAGAUUCUUCAAACAUUGUUUUGCAGGAGGCAGAGUGAUAACCAACAGAGUAUAUUGCUCAAUGGUUAUCAUAAUUAUUUUGGUUAAGUACUUGGAGAUCAGUUAUGCAACUCACAGUUGCUAUUUGAAGUAAAUAGUUAUUGAAUAAUGGGUUAAAGUGCAACAUCUAAAUUCCGUCUAAAAUUAUCCAAAUUCUAGACGGUUGAAAUUCGGUCUUUCACCUACUCUCUUCCAGCAGUCGCUUGUUUGUAGUGAGACCUCAGGCCAGUCCAUUACAGACUGCAGCGGGGUGACGCAGCUCAAGGAAGAACAUUUAUGAUUAUUUCUUUAUCAUUUUCUUUAAGUAAUAAUCAUCGUAAUAAUCAUUUUGCACUGCAGACACGGAACUUCUUAUGCCUUAACGUCUCGGUCUGAUUACAUUUCCAUGAAGAAACAAGCGGCUGCUGGAAGAGAGUGGGUGACUUGUGUUUUGUCUCUUUGCUAAAGAAAUUAGGCACAAUUAAAAAGAUGUUUGGUGGCUAGUGCUGUGGCUGGGACCCUAUAUGUACUGUUGAUGAAGUAAGGUGCUGUUCUGAGCAUUAUUUGUGGCUAUAGAGUGGCGUUUUGGUUGAGGUUUGUUUAUGGCUCCUCAGACCGCUGUGUAUUGCUAUCAUGCGGUCAUUACUAAAGUUGAUAUAACUAGAGAAGCAAGCGGUCGGCAAUAUUCGUCUCUCAAGGGGGUUCGUCUCUCUUAAUUUUACGCCAGAAAAUCCCUUCAAAUGCAACAUAAUCUUAUAUCGCUGUAAACUUUAAUUUAUCAUCGUUUCCUCACUCAAAGUUGAUCAGAUUAACAUUCGCAGGUUGUUAGAAGAACUGAAACAAGACUUUUAAAAAACAUGUUAACACAUUAGCCGGAUUAAACCCCCACUCAAUUAAACUUCUCAUAGUCCGACCGACAAACCUCGACAUUGUAGUUGGGAUCGAUCUCUCUUCCAUGUAUACAGCUAAAGUGGACCGAAACUGGCCUAAGCAUUCUACAUGUGCUCCAAAGGUUAUCACACCCAGCUUUGAACCAAGGUCCUGCCAGGUAAAGAAGGAGACGACCAAUAACAUGCAGAAAGGAGACAUCUUGCCACCUAUAAUGCGACUCCUACCUGAGAAAAAUCAAGCUAUAACCACAGCUUGACUUUCCUGGAAACGUUCAGACUGGUUUAACGUUACAAUGCUAUGACGUGCGCACCAGUGUACAAAAAUGUCAGAAUAAAAUUUUUAUGUGAAGUGAAAUACUCACAAACUUUCAGUUCAUGGCUAUUUCACCUCUUAACUGAGCAAAGUCGUGGUCAUCAAGUUUCCCCGUUUAAAAAAAAAACACCUUCACUCACAAGAGUUUUUCAGUUUCUUUCAACUUAUUUUCUUUGUGUUUCAAGGUCCAUCAGUUUAUUGAUUUGGCCCAGACUUAUGAUCUGAUAGAUGUUAUAUCCUUUUUUUGUUGUUGUUGGAAAAAUGUUUGAAGAAAGGUUUUAUAAAACUCACCACACAAUACCAAUUGGAAACUGACAAUCACUGCUGAAUUGGUAGGGUGAGUGUAUAGACCAUAAACUGGGCUUGGAUUCUUUUGGCUGUCUGAAAGUAAAAGGCAUGUUUCUACCUACAUUUUUAAGAAUAUUUCUCAAUCAACAUUGAAUGUUACAAAGCAUCAGUGCUAUGCCAACCAGUUGUUUCUUUGGUUUCCAAUUGGCCAUCUCAUCAGAUAACAGCGUGUUGGUUAUCCUGUUACCUAGUUUUAGUUGUGACUUAUGCCUAGGGUGACCAAACAUCCUGUUGUCCUGUUUUUAUGCCCUGUCAUUGUCAUCCUGGUUGUUUUUUUACAAAGUAGUGAAAAUAUCUUAGUUUUCAUUGUUGUUCAUUGGGCCACCAAGAUGAAGAAGAAAACUAAAGUUAUAGAAUAUGUCAUUGCCGCGCCAAGUCCUGGUUUUUAGUCACCAAAAUAUGGUCACCCACCCUACAUAUGCCCAGAUUUUGAUAGUUUACCAUCACUAGGCCAAUCUCAAAUGGAAAUAUAAGCGGUCUCUUAGUCUUUAUUUCUGGUUUCUGUUGGGAAUUUUCCACUGAGCAGGCAGACAGAAGCAUGUUUGCCUCUGCUACAGUAAGUGGUGACAUGCUCCCUUUUAGUUUGUUACUAUCAAGUCUUUUCACGGUUGACGUAUUAUGUUGCUAAACAGUUGGCAAAAUGCAUUAACAAGAGACUAACAGGAUGUACGUCUAACGAUGAAAACAAUCUCUUUACCGCUCUGCAUCAUCUCUUCGGAAAAUUUCGGUUUUGUUUUUUAACCCUCAUCUGUUGUGGUUUUGUUUACUGCCCAGCACCAACUUCUGGCUCAUAGCCUGAUGUACAAACACUGGAGCAUAUGCAGAACACUCAGGCUAGUAUCGGUUCGAUUGAGGACAGUUUGAGGUAAACGUAUUACGCAGCUAAACUGGCAAAAUGCACUAACAAGAGACUAACAGGAUGUACAUCUAACGAUUAAAAAAAACUCUUUACAGAUCUGUAUCAUGUCUUUCUGUGAUAGGAAAACUUUUUUUAACUCUCAUCUGUCAAGGUUUCAUUUACUACCCGGCACCAACUUCUGGCUCAUAGCCUGAUGUACGAACACUGGAGCAUGUGCAGAACACUCAGGCUAGUAUCGGUUCGAUUGAGGACGGUUUGAUGGUAAACGUAUUACGUAGCUAAACUGGCAAAAUGCAUUAACAAGAGACUAACGGGAUGUACAUCUAACGAUGGAAAAAAAUCUCUACAGAUCUGUAUCGUGUCUUUGUGUGAUAGGAAAACUGUCUUUUUUUUUUAACCCUCAUCCGUCAAGGUUUCGAUUACUACCCGGCAUCAACUUCUGGCUCAAAGCCCGAUGUACGAACACUGGAGCAUGUGCAGAACACUUCGGCUAGUAUCGGUUCGAUCGAGGAUACCUUGGUUGUUCACAUAACAGCUCUUAAACUCACCCCAGUUUUCACUGCGAUAGACCUGACCCCGAUCAGAAACUAGAUGCUUGUAAAAGAGCGACUAAAACAUGAGUUUGCAGAUUCUUCUGGCCCCCCCUUGAGCUCAAGAUCAGAUUGAUGCUAAACAUUGUUGGCACAGUUGCCCUUUAAGCCUGGAGGAUCAUAACAACCUGGCAACAUAACACAUACCAUUUGGUCCUCUCAUUUGUUUCACUGUUGCUAUCAAAAAGCAGUUACCAUCGAUCAGCUUUAAUAGAAGUGAGCUAUGGAUGGCAUGAGCGGCUCAAACAAAGAGAUCCAUUCUCCUUUUCUGUGUGUAAAUGUGAGGAUUAGUUAGGGGGAAAAGUUAGGCUCUUUGGAGAACAAUGAAAUCAAUAAAACACAGACUCCUCUCAGAAAGAGAGGUAACUCUGCAUCGACUGCUGGCUGCUCACACACUCAAUCAGAUUAACUAAUGAAGCAAUUAUUGAUCCAGAGUAGGGAUGGUAGCCAGCACAGGACUGGUCAUUAAGUGGAUCUUCCUUUCCCUUGGCCACGCUGGAAAUGUCAGGGUCACUGUGUUCGCUGCUUGACACAGUUUACCGAAGUCCAAUAUGUGGGAGACUAAUCACUUGUCUGCCUCCCAUGAGAAGCUGUGAGGGGGGCUGACACCUCCACAGGGCACGGGGGAGAAAUCUGAUUUCUACAAAGAAGAAUUAACCUGUGCUGUGUUAGCAGCUUCAAUGAAGGAACGCCAAAGAGAGGUGACCAAAUGAGCCGCUCAGCAGCUCUGCCAAUUCUGGCUAUUGGCGCUGUCGCUUUCAUUCAGGCAGAGCUGAAUUUACUUAUUUUUAUAGAUGAAACACACCUUGGAUAAUUAGAGUAGACCUGCAACAUGAGUCAGUGGGAGAAGAAGGAGAAGAAGAAGAAGAAAAAAGGUUCCUGUCUGCAACCUCCCUGAAUGUCAAAAAUAUGUACUUGCAUUGCCCGAGUCCAUAGCAACGCGGGGUUGUUUGUUUCUGGGCUCAAAGCAGGGAGCAAUGUCACAAGAUAUCUCACUAGAUGUCAAAAUGAGAGCGCUCAUUCUUUCAUCAAAUAAAAGACAGCAGGAGCACGGUACAGCAGUUCCUCCAGUAUGACAUGAUAUAUUGUAAUUCAUUAGUCUGUGUGUAAUCUCUUUCUGCAGUCAUGGGGACUGACUAAAGAUGUUCUCCAGUGAAUACGAAAUGAACCUGAGCUACAGCUGCAUUUAUUCCAGUCAGAGGAAAAGGCAUAAGAUUAAGUUUCGGCAUCCUGCUUUCAUUUUUUAAUUUUUUUUUUAUUUACCCGAGUUACGCGAUCUUCAGGUUGUUCUGCUAUUGUUGUUUGUUGUUUUGCAAUAUUUAGUCCUUGACCAGCCUCACCUGAAAUCCCAAUUAUGACUGAGUUGUUGUUGCGCAGUAAUUGAACACCUCGCUCCAGGCUUGGUCAUCACUCAGUCUCAUUCACUUUCACCCACAUUGGGAAGAAAAAAGAAAGCAAAUAGUUCUUUUUUUUUUUUCUUCUUCUUCGCACAGCUCACUGAGGCAAGAAAAAUAUUGCUUUGCGGUUAACUUCUAAUCAAAUUGCAUUAGGUUUUCACAGCCUGUGCCCUCACUCCAUUUGCACAAACCAUCACAGACCGACAUGAAUUUCACACCCCGGGUGAGGAAUACUUACUUUUUCGCCCUGAUACAUUCCUCCCUCAGCCGCACACACCUUGCGUGCGCACGCCGACACACACUUUCUCUGAUCAGACAAGCAUGAUCACGCAGUUACAGCACAGUGGUAAGUCAUUUUAUUUGCAGCAAGUGGGGUUUUAAUGACAUUUUACAUGCCCUGAUGUUAUUUUUACCAACUUCUGGAAUGGACUGUCUGAUACUGUCACUUCUGUGCCUGUUUUUUAAGACUUCUUUCUGCAUUAAAAAAAAAAAACUAAAACUGUCAUCCAAAGUCACGAUCUGUUUGUCAUCUCACAACAUCUUGACUCGAUACUACGCCAUGCGAGUAAAUAUAGACAACUGCUGAGCAAAAAAAAAAUAAGAAAGAGCGAAGAAAUGUGGAGCUCUGUCAGUGCAAAGACCUUCCAUUAAUUCUCAUAAUUAGCAUAGCCAUUAUAUGGAUAUUAAUUAUUGUUGCCCUGCUCUUGAAAAUAAUUGAAAAGUAUGGAGAUAUGAACAAGGAGUUUAAUAAUUAAUUAUGGAUGAAUUAUUAAUAUAGGAUUUUCUUCAUUAUAAUUAACUUUGGACUCUCAUCCUAUAGCCUGCUCUGCCUUCUGUCCUCUGCCUGCGAGGCACAGAGUUGCUCCCUGCAUGAAAUAAUUCUUGAUUGAAAAAUAACUUCCGUAUCAGUGUGUGUGUGUGUGUGUGCGUGUGUAAUUGUGCAUGUGUGAGACAGCAGAAGUGGAGAACAAUGUGUCUCCCAGUUACAGCAGUUAAGUACAAGUUUGAGCUCCUGGCUUUCUAUCUUGGCAGACGUCAAACUUUUUUUUACAACACUUAAGAUGUAAAACGUUGAAAUGUUUUUUUUUGUAUUUUUACCGCAGUGCACCUGUGUGAUGUGUGUGGUUACAAGUUACUUUGCAGAUUCAGAUGUCACACUGAGAUAUGUUCGGCAAAUGUCAUCGCUGUCAGUCGAAAAUAACAAAUAAAUAAAUAAGUGUUAAAAGCUGAAUGUCAUCUUUCAGGUACUCUCGAAAAUAAGAAACAGACUCGUCUAUCCAGAUGAAACGUACUUCAGCUCACACCGUUUUAAUGAGGAAUUUUCUUUUUUACACAUUGGUGGAAUUUUAAUAUGGAGAUGAUACUUUAAGACAUCCCUCAUAUGAUUAUCCAGUUAAUGAAUUCAGUGAUGCACUGAAAAUCAUCCAGGACCUUUGGGCUGCAUUGUAAUAACUCUUCAAUAGCUUUGGGGCCAAGAUUGAACUCCUUUUGAAGACUAUUAAAAAAUGUAAUUUCUGACUCUUGGAAAUGAUUUUUGUUUUUCUCUUUUCCCACAACUUUAUUACCGAAUCAAAUAUCGUUCAACUGGGUAAAUAAUUGCCAGGCUGAUACUUGUGAUGCCAAGGUUUACUCAAAUGUACUUCCGUGUCAGUAAAGCUGUAAACGCAGGUUUGGGAUUAUGUAUUCAUUGCUAUUUUGGCUUAUUUUCCCUGCAUGAAACAAGUCUGAGGUGCAGCUGAUUGAAGGUUUCCCUCCUUUUUCGUGUGAGAGAGAGAGAGUGUGUGUAAGAAGAGUGUUGGGGGUAGGAAGGAAGGAGAGGGAAAAGAGGAGUUGAGAGGAUGAGAGGAAAGAAAGGAGUGGAAGGAGAGAAAAGGGUGGAUUGGGGGCUUCUUAAGAAAAGGGGUGGGGUGCACAUGUGUGUGGGUGGGGGGUGUUGCCGGUGUCAGGGGGUGCUUGGAAGUUGUGUGGGGGGGAGCAGAAUGGAGAAGUGGUGAUGGUGGGGGUUUUUGGGGCGGAGCCGCAGACAACAUCCCCCGCCCCCGCGCUCGUCUGUGUGCCCCUCACAAUUACCUGUUCCUCCAGAACUGAUGUGAGCGCGUGUUAGUGGAGCACAUUGCCACGCUGAGAGAAAAGCUUGAAGUUGAUCUGAACUGCACCGGUACCAGUUGGGCUUGCGUGGACCUUUUAUAAUAGAAAAAAAACACACCUGAAACAGCAACACAAACCUUCUGCGAGAGGUUUUAACCCACCAGCGACACAAACUGAGGACCUGAGACACUCGCGAGGAUGCACUUGUUCGCCGGCUGCGUGUGCGCCCUUCUCUUCACUGCUCUCCUCCGAGGUAAGCUUUUGUCUCAUUUCACCGGCCACCGUGGCGAGGUUUUUUCACGCGGAGUGGAGCGCGCUCUUUGCACCAGAGCCGCAGGUGUACGGAAGGGGAGAAAGUCUCACGCAGGCUCUGACAGAUACUUCAUCCCGGGUUAUCGAGCACGUUUGCAGUGGGGGGGAGAAGUGAAUCUGGCACGGUGGUGGUGGUUUUAUAGUUAUAGGCGACAAGUUCGUUGGCAAGUUCUGUGUUUUCUAAAGAGCUGGAGGGUGAUUUCAACGUGUUUGUUCUCGUCUCAGAUGGUUUGCCUGCUAAUUUGAGCUCAUUAUUCCACACUGCUUUUUGUUAAUUAGCUACUUGAAUAAAUUAAGAGCUAAUUCAUCGUCUCAUUGCUGUUUGGUGGCAUAUAAACCACACAUAAAGCAGUUAUCACCUCUAAUCAAGAGUUUAAUCUGUCUUAACAUGUACAUUUCUGAAAGUAAAGAUAAAUAAUCAGAUUUUUUAACUUUACUCACGCUGAUAAAUGCUUAUUAAUGCUCUGCCUGUGUCCAUAAAAGUGUUUUUUUUUCUGUGUGACUUUGAAAUAUUACCCAUUGUGCCACCCCCCAUUCUUUCCCCAAACCCCCCACAUGAUGGGAGAGGCAGGCAGUGAGGGAGGUAGUAUUCAUCACCCAUCCCUCACAUGUGCUUGUGCCAUGAUGUCAUCAUAAUGCCUCAUUUUUUGUGUGUGUUUUCUGUCCUGUUAAUGCAGGCUGCUGAGCAUAAUGAUGCUGCAUUCACAUCCUGUCUGAUUUAUUGUAAUUAUGGGGCUGCCUGUUGGGUUUGAGGAAACAGCUCCUGACAGGCUCCCUCUAGUAAUUACACCUAGGAUAGGACUCAUUUUUGGACGCGGAUGUGUAAUGGAUUGUAGAAGUGAAUGCUUUAGAGUAUUAGCAGGGAAAUUUAGUUCCUAAGUUGGCAAAUGAAGGCAAUCACUUGGCCUUAAGUAGUGAUUGAAGUAUUUUUCGGUAAAAAACAAAAGAUGAUUUUUUUUUUAUUUCCCUGGCGCCUGAUGAAACAAGAACAAGAGGUUUUUUAUUUUAUUUUAAGAAAACACUUCUCCCCCUUCUCUGUUUCUUUCCAUUUCCUUGUUGUCUGCUGUGUCAGGCCAACAGGUAGCAACGCCAUGUGCUCCUAUCACUCAGCCAGGCCAUUAAGCAGAGCUGCACAUGAGCUCAGAAGCCCCCCCUCCCUUGGAAAAGAUAGGGGGGGGGGGCGAAAGGUUGAUCCCACUGUACUCCCUCCAGCUUCGUCACACUACGGUGGCGCCUGUUGUUGUAAAUUAACACCAUGCAGCACCUAUCAGUCAGGCUCAGGUGGUUUAUUUGAGAGGAAACGAAUGGCCCUUUCAAGGUGUUUUUACAGCGCUCUGCCUCUGCAGUGCCGUGUGCUUGAGACUGGAAGAGAGUGCACUGAGUUGGUAAUGAGGUUACACUUUAUGGCUGUCCACACUGCUGUGUGUUUAGCAGACGUGCUGCCCGGAGUGACGGACAAAACAUGUGUGUGUUUGCUUUAACAACAGAUGGUCACUUCUCUAAGAUGAACCCUUGCGAGUGUCCGACGCAGAAAUGCCCGCUGAUUCUUUUCCAAUUUGAUCAGCAUGAGCGAAAUCUGACUGAAAGGGGUUUAUUGAGUUUGGGAUUUGCAAUAAAAACCGCGUCGAUACCCGUAAUAAAAAACAGGCCUGUGUUUAUUGUGUUUGAAGUUAUAAAAAAAAAAAAAAAGCUACAGCUUGCGGGGGUUCGGUAGCUGAAGGCCACAAAAGAGUCAGGACCACAGGAAGACAGAUGAGGAAAAACAGAGCCCUGGGUUAGCCACUCUUAGAACAAAUACUCAAGCAAGAAGGAUGCAUCUGUGUUUUUUGUUCACUCCCUCAUCCCCACCCUUCCCCCACCACCACCACCACCCUCCUGGCCCCCCUCCUCCUCCUCCUGCACAGACAGGCAGCACUCGGUGUCACAGCUGGUAUUACUUGUCGAGCGAGAGGGGCUCUCCCUCUCACUAAUGGACUAAUCUUGUGUAGGGGGGUCACCCAAUUGCACCUGAGAUAGAUUCACUCUCCCACCUUUCAUCUUGAACUGGGUUACGUCCGGACUUGUCGCACGGAUGUUUUGAUGUUAAUGAGCAGGGAGAAGUACACUUAUGCUACACGGGGAGAUUGUGCACUGCGAGUACGUUGGAGCGCCUCGCCUUGUUUAUAGGCGCUUUCCUCUUGAUGUUUGGGAGCUGCUUGAGCUUGUUUCUUCUUUGAACAGAGAUUUCUUUGUGAUUCGCAAAGUAUUGUAUCCCUUCAUGUAAAAUUCAGAUGCAGUCAUGGGAAGUAUGGCAACUCAGGCGAACCGUGGCUUUGAAUAAAAAUGCGGCAUCUGCUCUCAACUUUUUUUUAUACUUUAAUACUCCCUUUCUCUAAAAUUUGUCAUUGCCUGAUCAAAUUCUGCAAAUGGCUGUCUUGCCAGCUGCAGAUCAAAACUGAAUUAGGAAAUCAAAUCUGACCAUCUGAAUAACCACAAACACGCUCAAGGGAAUAACAGAAUCAGCAGAAGUUAAAAAAUUGAAUUGGGCUGUAAAAGAUCUUACAACACCAUCGUGCACAAACUACGGAAACAAACCUCUCAUUAAUCCAUAGUUCGUCUCAUAUAUUAGAACAGAAAUGCUCAAAAUGGCCCAACUGGGAUAUCUGCACAGCUCAUUAUCCUGUUGGAUGCUUAACCCAAAUCUGGCAGCUUCAAAUGUCCCUCAAGAGGCUCUGUAGGGCUCUCCAGCCCUGUGUUUGGAGCGGAGAGUGUGAAGUGGGAUCUUUUGUGCCAUCACACACUUGCGACACUUGUGUUUCUGCAGAAGAAGACCUCGGUAUUGAGUAGACAGUGAAAUAGAUGCUAUGACUCACCCAAGUAAAUGAGAUAUGUGAAAGAAACAGAUGUUCAAUGGAGAUAAUUGUUGUGUUUUAUGUGUGUGCGUUUGAUUUUAUGUUCCCUCCAGAAGAAGACAUAAAUGGAAAUAUGGACAGGAAACAGAUCUGCUGCUUUUGGAAACCUCUCAAAGGAAGAGAGUCCAGUUCAGACAGGGGAGGCCAUACUGUAAAUCGAAGCAGGAUUGGAGAAGGGAGUCCCCUGUCUCAUCCCAUCAGGGGGUGCAGGAUUCCUGGCAGCGCCCCUGGCAGCGCCUCUUUAUAGCUUGGAUGUGAGGAUCAAGCUUAAUUAACCACUCGCACCCCAGCUAGAGCUUUAAAUUACAGGCAAAUGAAGACAGGAAUGAGGAUUGGGAUACUGUUGGAGCUACCUGCAGUUCUGACGAAAUUAAAACAAACUCCAAUGCAGCAAAUGAAAAGAGCAAAAAAGGUGUCAGGGCAACUUUAAAGCAGCAAAAACCUGAGAUUAGAGAGGAUCUUUAACCUGCUCUGCUUGUGCAAGAAGAGAAACACACUGAGAGUUUGACUUGAAUUAAGGUCAGUGCACCAUCUUGUCCUUAGAGAAGUCUGGCUUAUAACAAAUGCAUCAUGGACCAUAUGCUUAACCUGACUUUGAGUCUGCAUUAUUUAACGCAAACCGAAGCUCCUAGACUUUAAAAAACCAGCAACAACUGCACAAAACCACAGCUCUCAUGCAACACAGCUGAAUAUAGACGUGCAUCUGGUAUCUCUUCUCCUGGUUUUUGUCUGCCCUGCACCCCUGCAUGAGUCGACACCCACACACACACACAUUUCACUCACACAUGCACUCACACAUGCACUCACACAGCCCCAGCAGGACACUGAACAGGUGGAGUAACGUUGUUUUUUAGGGCCAUGAAGGGGCCAAGUGUCUCUUUAUGAUUCCUGUUUGUGUGUGCAGUUGUUGAAAGAAAAGCUGUUCGCUCACACCACAAACAUUGAAAAAAUAACUUCUUAACCAAGUUGAAGUCGGUUGCGAAACAGUACCAGUGAAUAUUUCUCAUUUCUUGACCUAACCUCAGCUUUAAAUUAGACGCAGCGACAAAAGAGUGAAGAAAUACGAGUUACCACAUGAACACGCUGAGUUUCCUACAUGUCACAGAGAGCAAUUCCCUCUCAGCUGGACUCGCAGAAGAGAGGGAGCUGUAUGAAAGGGUUUGCUUUGAGAAAAUGAAAAGACUUGUGUGGCAAAAGUAAUCACUCUCGGGCAACGACUCGGUGAGAAAAAAAGGCCUUUUGUUCGCCCCUGACAGUUUUACACACAGGAUUAUCAGUAAAACAGGAGCAAGUGAAUCUUAAUUACACUUUGGUGAUUGGCUUGCCCCACUUCUGGAGCCGGAGUGUGAGAUAUAUACAACUCUUAUAAUCUCAGUAAAAAAUUGCCUCUUCAGCUAUUACCAUGUCAGGUAACAGAUUGCAGGUUGAAUUAAACACUUUAUUGACUUUUGAUAUGUGUUGUAACACAGUGUAUGUGUUUCUACUGAGGUGAGACGGUUAAAAGUGAGAGAUAGCUUCGUAAUGUCGCACCAGACUGACAAACAUUUCAGUUUUUCCUUCGCUGUUUUACACCUUUCCUCGUUUUGCGUGCAGGUUUCUCGCUCUGCUGUGCUAAAUAAUGGUUUAUUUGUUAUCCAGAGGGGAGGGGACCUGAGCUCUGUUGUUUCAACCAUUAAGAAAGGCUUAACAACAGGAGAGAGACGAGUAUGCUGUGCAGUAGUGCCUCCUUCUUUAUGCAGGAAUACCCCCAUUGAAAUGCAUGGAGGUAUCCUUGGUUUUGGUGAAAGACCAGCAGCACUCUGGAAUCAGGCGGGCCUUGUUUCAGGGACAAAAAAAAAGUGAGGUUGUUUCUGUCCUUUGUCAUUGACGCAGCCCCCUAGCUUUCACUGGAUUCCUGUGGACUCCCGCCGACUGUAUUGUGAGGCCGGCUCUUUUUAAACAAAUGAGAGUAUGAUAGCGACUUCUUGCUCCCGCUCCUCUCUUUGUCAUUAAUAUGGAACAGCACACACCCCUCUGAGAGGGCACAGAGAAGCUGCUGCCUGUCCCCCGCACUUCACAUGUGCAACCUGACGGAGGGAGGGGAAGGGAGGGAGGUAGGGAGGGAGGAGGGGUGUGUGCAGGGAGGGGGGGAAGCAUCUCUCCUCCAUAUGAAAAGCCUGUGGCCACACCCAACUCUAACAGGGGCCUGGAUCUUUGUUCAAAUCCUCCAUUAGAGUCAGUGCCGUGUGUUAAUGAAUUCUUUGAGAGGCCUCCAUUAACUGUGAUGGUAAUUAUUUGACUCCAGAGAAUAUGAAGGAGAAUAUACCAUGAAGGGGUGCAUGUGUAUGGAAAGCCAGAGGCGUGUGCUCAUGAGGUCUUUUGUUUUUUUGUGAAUCACAUUACAUGAAGCUCUUUUUUUCUCAUUAAAAUGUAUCUGAUAGUAAGAACAGACAAAAGCACCAGCACUGUAAGGACUUCUGACAGCUGCAGGGGCUCCUGCUGACCCACAAAAAGAGGGGUCAGUGUCGGACCAUUGAUAUUUAUGCCCGCACUCCCAUAAAGUCAUUAUUUCUGCUUAUUUAUGGGAGUCAAACGGCAGGACAGGAGGUUGCCAUUGUGGGAAACCUUUAUCUUAACUUUGUCUAAGGUUUAGGGAGUCAGUCAGCUUUUGUUGAGAGGUGAAACAUUUAUUUCCAGCCCCAGGCCAACUACUAAAACGACAUGGAGUUUUUUUUUUUUUUUUUUUUUUGUCUCUCCGUUCAUUUCUGAAUCAUCUUCUGUUGGAUCCAAAGCUCUUUAGCAUCACUGAGUAGCUGCUUUAUUCACUCAGACACUGUUGGGCAGUUUUUCAUUCAUAAGACAUCACGCUGCUAUCCAUUGCGUACCGCCUUCGGGACUCCACAGAACGGUCUAGUGUCUGCGUUUGACCUCACAUUCUUGCCAUUUUAAAAGCUGUUUCUUUGUGUAGCGCUGAUGUCCACCAUCCUUCCCUUCCUGCAGCAGCGGCAGCAGCAGCAGUCUGCGUAGCCCGAAGCUAUCUUUGAUUACACGCUGCUGCGGUUGAACUUGCAGCAGACAGGAGUUCUCAUUCAGGGAGACACUUGCUCUCAGGGAAUAGCCUGAGUGUAUCUUUGAUUGGAAUUAAAAGCCUGCCAUUUUGUCAGUACCUAAAGAGGAUACUAGAUGGAGGAUUAAAUGGUUGGCGGCUUUCUCUGGGUCAUCGAAGUAUCAAUACACUCGGGAGUCCCUGAGAACUCAAUAAAGUCUAUAACAUUGUCAUCAGGGAAAUAAAAAAGCCAAACCUGCUUUCAUUCGAUGUACCUGUCUGACAUGAAAUUUCAAAUUACAGUUGGUUUUGAGGGUGUUUCACUUACAAAGGGAGUUACAUGCUGUAAAGCUCUCAUUUAAUGGGUUUUAAACUCCUCUAUGUUUAGGAAUCUCAAGCAGGUUCACUUUCUAAGCUCUAGGGAGUCUGCAGACUGAGGAUAAGCUUGACGAAUUCAACACAAGUUACACUUUACAAAAGUUCUCUACACUCAUUUCUGUCUUAAGUGCAUACGUUGUAGGUGUGACGCCGAUAUAUAGCUUUCCCUAGACUUCAAAACUGCGGUCAUUGUGUGUCACAUCGUGGUCACUCACACCGGGGUUGCGUUUUAGUGCCAGGAUAAAACUGGAAAGCAACGUCGACACUUUGAGGGUAAAAGAGGUGAGAUGGUAUCUCAGAAGGAGUCUCUGAGUAGAGUAGACGCGUGCUGCUGUUUAGCGACUAUUAUGGUUUUGGUGUAUAAGUAAUAAAUGGACGGAUAAACAGUGGGAGCAGUCACCUUGAAAAUGUACAUGUCAAGUAGCUCAAAGAAAAGCACACAAUAGGAGCGCUGAAUCCUGGUUUACACUUUUUGUAUUGACUACAUAAAGCGACAACAUAGUGGCAUUAGAGCGUCUGCCUUACACUUAAUAUUCUCUGGAUUGCGUUGUAACUACCUUACAUUGUGUUCUCUGCAGAGGGCAUGAACUGCAUGCCCUCGAACAUAAACUGCUUGUUAUUUGUCCUUUUCCAUCGGCCUCUGUUGCUUAAAGCGUCUGUGUAUCGGCGUAUUAUCAUGCCUCUUCUUAAAGAAGGACAUUUUCACAAUGCAGUCCUUGGACACCCAACCUGAAAAAACACGAUGAAGUGAAAAGAAAAGUAAAACACUCAAAAGAGAUUACAGCUCAUUAUUCCAAACAAUCUAAGACAGUGGGCCAAAUGCAUCAUCACAAGAGGGACUGCACCCUCAGACUCAAACUGCAGUUUUUUUUUCUUCUUAAAGUCAAGUAGUCAUUUUUUCUUUUUUGAGCUGAUGCCUGACGCCGAUGUUUUAUGAUAAGGUGCUGCUUUGCUGUUAAGUAUUCAGCUGUUUCAUUGCCAGACCUUAGGAGGAAGGUGAAGAGAUGCUUGUCUGGUAAUUGGAUGCAAUACUUAAUUUUCUAAUGGGACAUCUUAAGAGGUCAAGUAGCUUGAUGUUCCUGGGGGGAAUUUUAAAGCAUUACACAUCCCAGCGGUGCAUUUUAAAUACAGACUUUUUCACUUACUUAUCUUCUUAGCAGAGAAAUUACAUUUAUCCCUCUAAUUUUCGCUCUGCCUCGACUACAAGGUGGUCUCACGAGAGAGGAGAAGGAGCAUUUUAAACAGUUAAUAGCAAAGUCAAAAGCAGCGUGUCCACCAAAGGCCUUCGCCUCAUAAAAGUUGCUCUUUUAUCCUGCCGGGCUGCGCUAUAAAGCGAGGACUUUCUUAUAUUAACUCAAAAGUCUUUAAUUUUGAGGAAUGAAGAUGUCAUAACCCAUUAUGCCGCCAUUCAUCACCCCCCUGUUCACGAAGAAGAUACAGAAUAGAUGACACAUCAUUUCCCCGUGUAAUGAUAGCGACUUCAUUGGAAAGGCGCAGGGUCACACAGCCAAUAAUUUGACACUGAGGAAUGAACAGCAGCCUGGAUUUUCUGCUCAUUUCGGGGGAAAUCUCAGGAUUACCUGUCUCAUUGUGAAGGGCUUGCCUCAGCAUGUUCAUCCAUUAACAGAGGAGGGACAUAAAUAGAAACACCAAACCAAAGCUAGACCACAGCCACAGUUUGUUAUUACAAGAAUAUUUGCUUAGAUAGUCUUAUCCUCCGGGGGUUUUCUAAUAAUUAGACAAGUUUGUUACCUUUCUGCUGAGGGUGGUGUUUCCUCUGAUUUCAUGCUUGGAGAAUUUUAUUUCUUAUUGUUUCUCUAAUGUCUUAUGUUUCCUGGUUUACUUAUCUCAGGUCAUUACAUUUGCAAAUUUUCAUGUCCUUCAUAAUAAUAAAUGGAGACAAGAGGGAGUCGUGGAAAGAAUACUGGAUAAAAGUAAAAGGCGGAUCAGUCCGGCCGCACCACUUUUCAAAAGCUUGUUCCUCUCAAAGGUACAUUUAGAGGAAGCAGAAGUAAAGUGUGCAGAAAUAGGAAUUUUGAGCAAUAUCUAGUGGUCAGGUUUGAGAUUGAAGUGCUCCCUUGCUCACCCCCGUCAUUAGAAAAGACUCCUGUAAUGAUCCCACUGAGCAUUUCUUGGUCUAAAAAAGGUCUAAUAGACGUCUAAAUGUAGCCUAGAUGACUGGUCUAAAAUAAGACUACCACAGGUCGAAAACUGAAAGUUUUUUAGACGUCUAAAUUUAGACAAAGUUUAGACUAGCCGGCUAACAGACGACUUUUCUGAGCAUUUUUUGCUUAACGGCUAUCAUAAUUGUUUUGGUUAAGUACUUGGAGAUCUGUUAUGCAACUAUGUUAUCAAAAUGCAACGUCUAAAUUCAGUCUAAAAGUAUACAGAAUCUUGACUGUUGAAAUUAGGCCAAGAAAAAAAAUUCAACGUCUAAUAGCGGUCUAUUGCUCAGUGGGAUGGUAAGUGUGAUCCUCCAAUUUUUAAGAUUUCGCCAUUGAAAGUCUUGGUGUCUGACAACAUCCUUGUUCUUCUUUGUUUCUCUAAUCCCUUCAAAUACAAAAACUCAUAUGUUUCUAGUUUGUCCAUUCUGUGCUACUGUAGAUGGUUGCAUCUGUGGAAGGGGACCCAUAUGUAGAUAUAAAAGUUUCAUUUAAAGUUUACAAACAAAACAAUUGAGAAUACUAAUACAUAUCAUAUUCUGUUCUGCUAAGUCGAGCGAAAUGUUACACUCUGUACCUUUUAAUUUAAUAAACCCAGUGGGGUGCUGGUUCGACUGACGUUAAAAUGAACAAGCAGUCAUGGAUCUAAGUUGUUCAAGUCUCUGUGAAUUGGUGUAAAAGUUCAACUGUGAACUCCACAUUGUGAAAAGAGAUGUUACUUAACUUUAAACAUAGACAUCCUCACACAGGAAGGAAGUCAAACCCCCAAAUAUUUACCCCCAGAUAUACUUCUGCAGCUUCUCCUCAGACCACACGACUCUGAGACUCGGACACAAACUGAACACCAACACUCCAGUGAUGACUAUUUCAAAAAGCAGAUAUUUUGCAAGUAUGAUGUUAUUUCAACAAACUCACUUAAAAAAAUAAUUUGUCAAAGUCCCACUGAACCCUAAGUCCUCUGAGGGGCUUGAACAGUUUCAUUAGCAAUUCAAAACAGUUUUAAAUCCUCAGGUGAUUAAAACUUGAUUUUUCUUGAAAACCCACAAAGUUUUGAUUAAUUUUUCUGAUGGUCAACAUGUAAUUAUUGAUUUUUCAGCUCAAAUAUGAAUCAAAUUUAAUUGCGAACCAUCUUCGAGUUGUCAAGGCAUAUCAGUCAAAACCACACGUAAUUGGGCAAACAUGACAGUUUCACCCUCCUCUGCAAAAAAGGCGCCUGAAGGUUCAUUAUCUGAGUGUUUGCGUGGAGUCCUGUAGUUCUAUUUUCUUGAGUUCUUACUGUAAGAAACAAAGAAUAGACCUUGUUUCCAUCAGUGUGUCCGUACUGCUUGUAGCAUAGCUAAAAAUAUAUCCUCAUUGUGCGCGCUGUGUGGUUUUUAUAACUAAGAUGGAGUUUCCAAAUUAUCAGGGGUGUUUCGCUCUGUUACAAUUUAUAGCCUCUUCCUCUCGUUCAGGAGAGUCUGCGCCCCGAGCUCUAGACUUUCUGUCUGACCCAGCAGCAGCAGAGGCUCCUCUAGAGGACUUUGUGAACACCGCGUUGACUCAGUUUGCUUGAAGGGGAGUAGUCUGACUGUCCGUGGAGAAUUUCACUCCUGAGGGCUCCUUUUGGCCACUGUAGAUAUUUUUGUAUAGCGUAGAUACAAACCAGUGAAAGGAGAGUUGUUGGCACAUUUUUUCGCUUAUUGACGGGUUUUGUGUUUCGCUGCUGCUCCUCUAUCAGUUUGAUCUGCAGGGCGUCUCAUCCUCUUGUUGUUCAGCGCAGCAGAAGGAGCGGGAUGGGGGUGGUUUGAUGUGUGCAGCGCCGGUGAGGACGGUUAAAAGCACUCUCCUUGAUGUGUGGUCUCUCUUCAUGUCAUGGUGGACUAAGAAAAUGUAUUAGCCCUGACUAAUGAAAUUAUUAGCCCUUUAAAGGACCUGGGCAUCCUUGACAAAUGAGGCAUAUGCUGAAUAACAAAAUAUGAGGGUUGAUUCCACCUUACAGGAAGAAAAAGCACAUACGAAAGGGCAGGAGUGUGUUUGUUGAGGCCUGAUAAAUAACCUCCUGGACAUGCGUAAAUGAAAAGACCACAAAUCCAUCACAAGCACAGGGUGCAGACUAUUUAAACCUUUCAAACAAAUCAUGUUAGCGUUUUAUUCCCACCACGUAAAUCUGAAAAGUUCUAAAGUCGGAGGAGGACUCAGUGGUGUGACAGCACCCGCUAAUCUCCAACCUUUCACAGCUCUCCAUCAAAGCAGACGCUGGUCGGCGGGUAUUAAACGUGAAACCACCCAGAUUUGAUGUGCAAGCAGGUACAUAAUCCUUUGUAUGUACUAUCUGCAUUCCACGUAUUCCUCCCACAGCGCCGGGCUCUGUUUAGCCAGCAGAGGCUUUAGGACCCCCCUAGAGCCAGGAGCUAAAGCAGGACACAAUUCGAAACCCUCUUUAAUACCAGCAGGGCUGCUGUGCUUAUUAGGAUGGGGAGCAUCGCCCGCGCUGCUUCACAGCGAAGGGUUAGAAGGUCAUGUCUGUCAUUAUUGGAGCACAACAGCAUACAUGACUCGGUGCUCGACUAAUGUUCAAGUAUCAUCCUCUCCGCGGCAAUUACAAGAGAUGAAAGCAACAGCGGCUAUCUGCUGAACAAAUGAAAAUAUCUACCUGUUAAUAUUUUCCUCUGUUUACAGCCUAACAAGGCAUACAUAAUUGAUACAGCAGUAGUGGAGCAGUGCAUUACAUUCAGACGGUAUGAACGCUAGCGCACAUAUUUCCAUUUAUCAUUCGUUUUAUGUUGGGAAAAUAUUAGUCCUCGCCUCAUGCAGCGUCUAAUGAAGCACUUUAAGAUCGAUAAGUGGAUCCGUUCUUGUUUACCCGCGUCGAGAAAUGAUGGGCCUCGGGCUGAUUUAUCUCCCUCUUUUUUUUUCUGGCGCUCUGGUCAAGGCUGUGUGCGGGUUUGUUGUUAUGUUAUGUAGAGAAAAAGGAUCAUUUUACCUCCACCGGGGCGGCAGGUUUGAUUGGUAUCCUUGGGCACUAACUGCAAAUGUAAAAUGGUCACAGAGAUAGUAUAAUAGUAAACACAACAGCUCCCUCAGGACCGGCGCGCUACAGAUGUUCAAAGGCUUUCCCAUUGAUGGGAGGCGUGGAGUGGGGAGGGCAGGAACAGGGCGGGGCCACUUUACCAGGAAAUAAGAGCACUUGUGGUGGAGACGGGCAGGCAGGCAGGCAGGCGGGCAGGUACUUGAACAAAAAAACUGAUUGCACUUUGAGUAAACAGCGGAGUCUGUAGCUGCCAGCUGGGCUAAUAUUUUCCAAACAAGAGAAAUAAUGUCGUUCAGUGGAGCUUCUACCAGAAGGAGGAUGCUUUUAGUGUACUAGUGGAGGAGCUGACCCAUUUUGAUCCUUUUGGCUGCUUGUAUGUAAAAUAAAGUGAGCAUGAGGGCUUUUUUUUUUUACUUUUCUUUUAGAUUUGGCUGCGUCUAAUGUUUACUUUUAUCCUCUGAUUUAAUGUAUUUCAGUCCCAGAGCCAAAAGUGAUGCAAGUGUUGAAGCAAUAGACUCAAACUGUCAAUUAAAAAACAAAUUAAAGCAUAUUAUUCGAAUCUAUAGAUAUGGAAAUCACCAUUAGUUGCAGCCCUGAUGUUUCACAAGAUGAUUUGUCAUGGGUUUUAAUUAAAUUACAAAAUAAUCUGUUGUUUAUCCUUAUUUUAAAUUGACUAAUUAGUUAAGGAAACAGUGAACAAUUUAUUCCUAGAGCCCAAGGUGACAUCGUUAAAUUGCUUGUUUUGCCUGACAAACAGCCCCGAUUCCCUUUUAUUUUCAUUCCUAUAAAGCAUUUUUGAUUACACAGACUAAAAAAGUACAAAUCCUUCGAGGCUGGAUCCUGAAAAGAAACUUUAUCCGCAACAUAAAUGUAACAUUGAUUAUGAAAGUUUAUUUCCUGAUGAUUGAUCAAUCAAAUUGUCCACUUAUCAUUCCAGAGAGACAGUCUGUCUCUUCUCUUUCUUCAAGUGCAGGAUGACAUUAUCGCUCAAAAUCCCUCCGGCUAAUGAUAAAUUGAUCAGAAACUGUGUCCUGGAUUUAAUUUAAGAGGCAGACACACACUCGCACACGCACAUUAGAGGUAAGUCCUCAUCGAGUCGGCCGGUUUGCUCCAGGCGUGCACAGGGCUGGCAGGUUCAUGGUCUGUGUGCCACAAAAAAAGAGACCCCUCCUGUCUGAUGUGAAACCUCUUGAAGAGACCUGGUGAAACGCGACGCACUUUGAUGUCAAGGAGGUUGUUUUGAAUGUGUCGGGAAUAUCUCAGAGGCUCCUAUUAGCACAUCUGGUUGAGCAAAGAGAGGGGAGGGUGGAAAAUGAAAGUGUUAUAAUAACUCCAGGAUUCAUUUCCUGCACUUAGAUUUAUGGAUUUCGGUUCAAAGAUGUCACAGAUUCAAAGGGCACUUUGGUGAAAAGCAUUACUCACCGUUAAAAGUCUCCAUCUGGAGUAUCACACCAUCUGCUGCACCUCCUUAACCCCCACAUUUAUUUUACAAGGCUAUAAACAUUUAUUGUAUUAUCUGUGUGACUGCAUUUUGAGCCUUAAAUGGGUUGAUUACACUUCCUGUGAUUCCUGGAGGAGAAGCUGAGGUUUUAUUUUAAUUACAGGAGCUAAGAAAAGUGCACAUUUAUCUCCAUUUUUAUCUCCAACCCAGUAAAAGCACCAGAGAGUCGUGUGAUCAGAUACCUGCUAUCAAGGCGCUGCUAGAGUCAGAUUCAGACGCCUCAAGUGUUGAAGGUUUAGGAAGUUAAAGGAAAAUCCUUAAAAUACACAUAAUGAGCGAAGAUAGAAGCUGCAGGUGAUGUUUAGAGGACACAUGUCACACUUGAUGCGCACACGCAAGGUGUAAACCUGUAAAAGCUAUUAAAGUGGGCUACACCAUUGCUGCUGAAACAUUACCCGGAUCUCCCUGAGAUAACAGAAACCCCCUGAUUCAGAUUUAGCACGACUUAAACCUCAGAAAAGACUCUCAGAAGAAGUGUUUCAGUAACUGCAAGAUUGACAAACCUGAAUUCAAAGGCUCUGCGAUAAGAAGCAGAGCUGAUGCCGUGCAUACGAGCUCUUCAUUAGGCACGGGGGAGCAGGGCGAAUUCAAUAAAGCUCCUUAGAUCUGCCACUAUAAUAAAGUUUGAAGCCUUCCUGGCAUAGGAGAAAGUUAUCACUUUUAAAUUACCCAGAAAUAAUUAAGAUUGAACGAGUGGUUUCUAAUCACACUUCUGAAUUGGCUGGAUGGAGAGUUAAUAAGGCCUUCAGCCCCACUAUCCCCUGAACACAAAGCUUCUCUUUAAACAAACCCAAAGACUCAUUUUACAGACUUCCUGUCUGGAGUGUGUUACUGUGCACAGGUGAAGAGAUUGAUGGGUUUUAAAGGGCAGUGCACCUUAAUAGAUGAGUUAAAUGUAUUUCAGGUUAACAUAGAGACAGAUGUAGCUGAUUCAAAGACUCAAGGUUAGGACUGGGUGAUAAAACAGUAACGAUAUAAAUCAAAAAUUAAAACAUAAUCAAUAUAAAACAUGGUCAAUAUGCUUUUCAAUUGUCGGCAUUCUGUCACAUUUUGGAAGACUAUACAAAUAGCCAAUGAAAAGGGGAGUUGCUCUGUGUUCACUUUGUGCUGAACCAAUCGUGCUGAAUUAGAACCAAGUAGCAAACAACUGAGGGGAGUGCUACCCCCGGCAGAAAUGCAGAUGAAGGCUCAACAGAUGAUGACAUCGUCGACAACACUGGCACGAAAACGUUGGUGGUGUGGAGGUAGAGUAGUGUGCCUUGUAAAUAAUGUCGAGUACAUGUUCCCACAAAGUCGGGGAGUACCUCAAAUCUUUUUCACCACCUGAAGCAGUGCCACGCAGCAGAGCACGCGCAAUGCAAAAGGUUACAAACCCCAAGUGGAGCAAGGAGCCCAUGGCGCCUGUGCAUCCGAAACAGCCGAACAUUCAGUCCGCUUUCUUUAGCGCAACACCUUUCGUCAAAACGUAGAGACACAAAGACCUCACAGACAAAAGGCAUGUUACCAAUAAACACUGUUAAAUUUCACUGAAGAAUUACAGGGAAUAUAUUUAGAUUGACAACUGAUCUUUUUACACUCUUAUAUAUAUCAAUAUCGACUAAAAUGAUAAAAAUAUAUUAUGAUAAAGUUUUUUCCAUAUCGCCCAGCCCUACUCAAGGUCAUUAUAUGAGUGCAUUUUUAUCAGUAUUUUCGAACCUUCCUGAUUGACUAGUCCAAGCUUACAGAUGCCUUAAAGCAAGUUUCCGCACAGCCCAAAUUAAAAGAGUUUUAUCCAUGCGGUUGGUGAUGCCCAGUUUUCUCAUUUCGACCCCAAAUUUGCCCUGCAAACUAAUGAUUCGUCUGCAGAGUGUGUCUGUUUCUAAUAGCUUUGUUAUCUCUUUUUUUUUCCUCUCCUUCACAUUCUUACCUGAGCAAUAACGGUCAUUGUGACAUAGCAGAGGCAUGUCGAUCCGUUAAAAGCUUCCCACACAGAGCAGAAAUGUAGAAAUCUAUCAUUUUCAUUCAUAGAGGCUGGUGAGGUAAUGCCAGCUCUCCCAGAAACAGAAGAGUGAAGUCCCUGCCUAAAUGUUAGCUGCUAAGCUGCAUUACAAGAGUUAAUGGACAAGUAGGAAGCCGUGUGUUUAGUUAAUGGCCUAAUGCUGCCUUUAAUGGCACGUCGUUAAUGCGGGUCCUCAGUGGAUGUUUUGGUGUCUGGACUCUGAGAUCUCCUAUGAUCUGCCCUCAAGUCGAACCAUCAGGCUUCUCACAACCACUUCUCCCCCCCGGUGGGUCCCGUGGCCCGCGCCCCUCGAAUACAUAAUUCACAAUGUAAUGGACGUGAUUUCUGAGUGCACUUACCGUCCCGAGAUCACUCCUGUGGCCUGCUGUCUUAAGAGCAGUCCCUGGACCGGUGAGGCUCAUCUGCAGAGGCAAUUUAUGACAUUUUUUAAGAGGGCUUAACGGAUGCUUGUGGGGUGGAGAGUACAGAGGAGAACAUUUGAAAGACUAAUGAUCACGCCACAAGAUCAAUUCUGGGGAAACCUUAUGGCAAGUCAUUUAGAGUGAUAAUCACCCCUCCUGUAAUAUGCUUUUAUCUUCCCCAUCUGUCUGGCCCAGAGGACAAUGAAACUAAACGGAUCUGUGAAACUGCCUGUAACGCUGCAGGGCAUAUAGAAAAUGUAAGACUUUUCCACAGACAUUUAAAUAAGCAGGUGUGUCUGUGCGCUUUCUUAUUGGCUUAAGGGUUAUUCUAUCAUUAUUUUUUGCGUCAGUUUAUCGAUGCGCUCGCUUUUCUUCCAGGAUGUUAAUUUUCUCUAAGUGCUUCGCUGGAACGUAAGAUGACAAUUAAAGUUAAAUCAAAGCAAGUUAUUUCUCUUUGAUAGUGUUUUCAGCAUCUUUAAAGGGAUCUAUUAGAAUAAAGGAACUUUAAUAUUAUUUAUUUAAAGUGCUUGACAAAAGUGUCCUCUUAAAACCCACAACUGCUGUAAAUCAAAGAGAAAAAUGCAAGAGGGUCUUGAGUCGGCUUCAUUUUUGUAACUGCGCUCAGUAAAUCUUGAGAUAUGCCUCUUACUCCUCAGCUGCAGACUUGAACUUUUAUUGAAUAAUGAUGUAGAAAUUCACAUUGCUUUUACAUGCAGUGUCUUUCUGGAUAUACGGGGAGCGUUGCUGUGCAGGUAGAGCUAAUGAGACAAGGUUGAGGCAAUCUACCUGGCAGUGUGAGGUCUGUUUUCUUGUUUGGCUCUGUGUUUUUUCUUAUUACCUCAGAUAACAUUCAAACAUCGACAGUCUGACACCAUGUUGAGAUGUUUCCACCGCAGCCUGGUUAGAUAUUUAAUAGAAAACUUUUUACGUCUACUACAGGAACUUUUUGAUGACACGCUUUCAAUCAUUACAAGAACAUUUUGAUGAACAAGGUAGACAACAGAAAGAUAAAUCACCCUGACGGUGCCCCUAAUGGACCGGGAUGCAAUGCAGUCACGCGGUAUCCUUUUGUUUUGAGCUGCAGAGGAACACUCUUCCUUUGGGCUUAUUAUUCUAGCGCACAUGCGAUUACUUUCCUUAGCUACAGGAAUAACCUGCAGCUGAUGUAAAGUGUUUGCACCUGCUCCCUGGGGAUUGUCAGCGGGUAUGCAGGGAAUUGUUGGACCUGCGUUAAUCAUGUUAUGUGCUCCCAGAGAGAAACUCUCAGAGAAGGAGAGGAAAGGAGAAAUAUAAGAAAUCCUCAGCAAACUGCGUCGGAAGCUUUGGACUCAACAAUGUUGAAACUAAGCGCGUCCUACUCUCAGCCAGUUGUAAGAAGUAAAGAAAUGAAGUAACCUCUCGUGUUAGAUAACAACUGAAAGAACUAGGGCAAGAAAAUUAUAUUUUCAUGUAACGCUGCAGCAGGAAGAAAAACCAGGUGAAAUAAUAAGAGGGACGUUUCUGGGCCCAUUAAUUCCAGCGUCAAACAUCACAUCUUUACAAUCACACAGACUUUUUCCUCCUCCGCCAUACGAGCCCUUUCUUACUUAAGUGGUUCGAACACCUGAAGGCAAAAUAAAUCCUUCCUCUCUUUCUGAGCCCCCCUUCCCACGUCUUUGUCCUCUUGUCCCAAUCCCUGACGAGAAGCGGAAGCAGCAACCUGAUCCCCUCGCAGCAGGUCUGCACAGGUACUGAGCCCUCCUCGGGACCAGUCUGCAUCCAGAAGAAAUGGAGCCAGCAUUUUCCUGUCACAAGACAACAAUGGGAACCCGACAGGUGGGACUGCAGGCGAUGCUUUAGCCCUGUUUCCACCUGCUGUCGUCUGUCGGUAUCUGUUGACCACAUAUGAUGCGACAAAUGAACAUUAUUGUCUUUUGCCUGAGGGGGGAGAGAGCUUUCUAUACGUCUCUAUAUAAAAUUCACACCAGAAGCAGCGUGUUAUUUCCUGCUAGAGGGCUGUAUGAAGUAGGUUAGGUUCCUAUUUUCCAGGUACAUGGAAGUAUAAAGAUGCCUGAGGAACUCUGAUGAGAGUAAUUUACUGCGCUUUAGUCCUCUGUGCCUUUGCAUUUGUAUUUUUCAUGCACAUUAGAGUUUUUGCCUUUUUUUUCCCCUGAAUAACACCGAGUACUUACAUGAGUGGUGUGAUUGGGUAUUUUGUUCGCCAAGCAUGGAUGCUAUUGUUGGUUUGGUUGCACAGUGGUCUAAAAAUGUACUCAUGCAGUGGGGGUGAAGGAGGGGAGCCAUUACGCCUAAUAGACUCACACUAGUAAUUCUGUGUGUUGUGUAUCCUCCAUCAUUCUCCAUUUGCUGUCCGUCCUCUUCCUCCUUGCUUCGCCCCGAGGUGACACACAUGGCUCUGCUCAGUGUGGACUGUGGAAUCAGAUGGAGUUUCAUUUGUAUCAGUGUUCUCUCCUAAGCUUUUGGAGUUGUGCCAUUUUUUAGCAAGAAAAACUCCGAGGAGGAAUAAAGUUUGAUCUUUAAGAUCACGGCAGGUUGACAGACAACUUCCAACCUUUUGAAUAAAUGUCAUCCGAAAGCCAAAAACUUCGAUUUCUAGUUACAGCUCCUCCGGUAUAAAGAUUUUCUGCUUUGACAGGAUGUGUUUUUGUUGAAAGUUGUUCAAAUUAAUCUUUUCCCUCGCUGCUUUAUCAAUAAUUGAGAAACUGAUCUUCAUUUGAUGAAGUAAACAGCAUCAAGAACUUGUUUCUGCAGAGGUUUAGAAAUGAUUGUUGGGUGGAUUUUUUCGGGGUUGUGUGUUUGAGGAAACAUGUAAUCAUAAUUGCACUCGCCCUGCAGGGUUUACGGUCAAUACUGCUCAACAUGAAACAAUUCGUUGCUGUAUAUAUUAGAUUAAAUGCUAAUAAUUGUCCAGAUCAAUCAGAUUUUAUUAUGCCAAAUGUCAGAAAACAUUUCCUAGACAAUACCCAGGCUGAAUUAAGCUUCCUGCAUAUUUUUCAGCUUCAAAUUGAAAGAUUACAAUAUCACGAAGAGAAGAAAACCAGCAGAUCUUUACUUUUGAAUCGCAAAGUUGAAAACAACAAGCGCUUAAUUUGCUUGGAGGAUGACUCAACCAUUUGUCAAAUGAAAUACAUGUUUUCUCACCUUUUGUCUGAGUUUUGCUGGUAAAAAAAAUUUUGUGCAUUAUGAAGAAAAACAAUCAAACGGCGGCUGAAUGUCAGAAGUGGAUGAGUUUAUUAAAAGAUUGAAGACAGAUGCCUCCAGAAGCGUAUCUUUGCCACGUGGUUCUGAGAGAAAAAAACAUUUUACCUCAGAGAAACUUACCCUGUCUGCUGUUCUUCUAUCUAAUUUCCCGUUUUCAUAUUUCCAUCGCGUGGCUGAGCAUCAGUUGGACUUUAUAUUAAUGUCAGAGGAUGUCUCACUGUGUUUCCCAUCAUAAACUAAUAAAUGUGAUAAACUUUGGACAACUUAUGUAGCUUGAAGAUAAGCCUCUGCAGAAAAUGGAUCACUGAUUAAAACAAAAACCGUCUGACAGGCAGCUCAUUCAGUGGGACAGCAGAUAUGGCCUGUGGGGAACGCUGUUAGAAAAUAAAACCUUUGUUCUCCGUCUUCCUAUCCAUAAAUGGACCUUCUUCUCUCUCUAAGACCUUUGCACUCACAUGAAGGUCAAUGAGGUACAGGGCAACCUAUAAAGAGUGGCUUUUUGCACCCUGAGACAGAUGGUGCGGUAUGAAAUGAGGCUUUGGAAAUGGCUCAAAAUCUCCACGUCAUUGCAUUUCAUUUCACAUAAUGUGGCUUUUGUCAACCCUGAAGUACUUGGACAAACUCAGGCCUGCUGCUUAUUUCUGCAAAAUAGAUUGAAACAGGCAGCCUGUCAGCACCGGCUCUGGACCUGAAACAGUUUUCAGCAAUUACCGAGCAAUCGAUCAGUUGUAAAGCCACUAAACCAAAUCAGCGUCUUAAGAUGUCGCUAUCAGAUAUUAAAGUAAACUGAAUACCUUUAAGUCUCGACUGCUCACUGGAAAAACACGGAAAUGGAAUAUUUUAACUUGCAUUUGAUUGAAAGUAUGAUCAAUCAGUAGUUUAUGAAGAAAACACAAUUUAUAAAACGGGAUUACAGAUUCUGUGUUUGAGGACGUCAAAUUGGUUUGCAGGUCUGAUCAGCGGCAGAUUUUGUCUCCAUUUACUCGAUGAAAAUACUGCAGAACCACAGUGAGCUAUGAAAUGCUGUCUGUUAUUAUCUGUCUCCGCUGAAACCAGGAUAGUCGAUGGGGUUCUGGUACAUGUUUGAGUCUGUAAACAAUCAAUUACCAACACGAGAUAAGAAGGUAGCAUCCUCAGGUCAUCCCCACCACAUGUCCUGUGACGUCAAAUCAAAAUGUUAUGUCAGUCCACCCAUUAUUCUCGGAGCUAUUUCAGUCCAGACCAAAGAAUUGAUUCACUGAUUGACCAGCAUUGCCAUCAGAAGGACUCUGCUACCAGCAUGGUGUCACAGUUUGAAGCCUUCCCAUAAAAAUGACAAAGGCACAACUUUUAUAAGAAAAUCUACCAUCUCUACCACAUCCAGGACAGAACAUACUGGAGGAUUUGUUGUGCAUGCUUCCUCAUUACCUUUUUUGAAAAACGAGUCUCUCAGCCUUAGGCCUUUUUGACGCCCGGCUCCAGACAUCUGGUAAAAUAAAAAAUAAAAAAAGCUUGAUACCCUUAGUUCACUGCUGCAAAGACACUGACAGGCAAUUACAGUCGGUAGGAAAAAGUCAAAAUUAUAGAGCACACAAUGUUGACGUUUGGAAUGGUGCCUUCAGUCUGCAACAGAAAGGAAAGCAUGUGUGAAAAGGGAUGUUGUGUGAGGGUGCUGUCAGUUAUCCAUCAGUGACGUGAUUACACCCCUUCCCUUGAGAGAGACAGACAGAGAUAUGAGGAUUUAGCUCUUUUAUUUAAAAAAGAAAAAGAAAAAAGAAAAAUCCCUUUCCAACUGGUCUUGAACUCUUCCCCAGCAUGAACUUAUACUGUACCAGAAUGUUAAUACAGUCAUAUGCUUGUCAUAGUUAGUCGAGUAACAGCUGAAGAUGCUUGCGAAAACAGCAGCUUACUCAGGAAACCGACAUGUCAGCCAUUUUUCUGUGAAAGGCUGUCAAGCUCAGGGCGCUGUUAUAGCCGUGUCUCCUUUUCCAGGUUGUUUGUCGAAUGCGCCAUCGUUUAUUGUGUACACUGAGGCGGAAAUUGUAUAAUCAGGCUGACACCUACCCCCUCGCUCUGGUUAAAGCAUUAAAAAUCAGGAUAAAAAAACACUAAUCUGUACCUGAUUAUCCUAUGUGUGUGGGAUCAUAGAUUGUAUAUACUAUGGACAACUUGGUUUCGCCUUCUGCCAGUAUACUGAUUUGAAGCCAAAAAGCUCUCGGUAAUUUUGCAUGUUUCCUCCAUUUGCUGAAACCGACAUUGUGCACCAGAUCUUGUAACUUCCUGCUCGUUAGGCUUACGUUACACAAUGUGGCGAGCACCAGGCUGCCAACAAAACAUGACAUUCAUAGCACCAUUACCAAGAAAAUAAUAAAGUACUCAGUCCAGUACAAAUCAAGGAGACCCCUGACCGACCAGCAUAAAAGCUGUAGCUCAAGUGGAGAGCAGGUCCGGCAGAAUGUCCGAUGUCAUGCAUGGGGGCAGAUGCAAAUGUGUUGAUGUGUUUGUGCUGAUUAUGUGGAUGUGAGUAAUAGCACCAUUUCCAAGAAAAUAAUAAAGUACUCAGUCCAGUACAUGUAACAGCAACACCUCCUGCUCAUAAUGAACAGAGUCACUUACUUAUCUAGCAGUACAUCAGUGUCGGACCUCAGUCCAAUCUCCUCAUGCAGGGGUCUCCAUCGAGGAAAAGCAAGGGCGAUGUAAAUCCAUGUUAGUCUUCUCAGUUUGUGACUCUCUUUCUUCGCCAACAGACCUAGCAUAAGCAUUGUACACAUUAGGCGGGAGAGUCGCCAAGAGUUGCUGUGAUGACGCUCGGCUCAAACAGCGUAUCCCCCGGAUGAGGUACAUUAUCUUUGGACGCCCGUAAGCUGUAUCAAGUGUCAAUCACAGAAAACAUGAACCCCCUAAUAACUUUUAAAAACGGAGCUGUAUGGAAAAAAGAGGACUUAAGCACAAACCAGUCUUACAAUAACUACAAGUCAACAUCGCAAGCAGGGGGGAAAAAACUUAACAUUCUGUGUAAUACAUUUCUAAAGUUUGUCCGCAGCUCCAUAGGAAUUGCUGGUGGAGGCGGGGUUAAUGACCUAUACUGCAGCCUGUCACCAGAGGGUGCUGUUCUCGGAGUGGCUUCACCCAGCGAGGAGGCAGACACUGUCCAUUCUGUAUACAGUCUAUGAAUGGGAUAUCAUUAUAAAUCUAUCUAAAUCUACGAAUUUCAGUCUGUUUCGUCAAUGCUGUAAAAUUCUUUAUAGGAGCUUUAAUUGACUUAUACGUUAUUAGGAAAAUGUUUUUAAAGACUUACUCCAGCUUACAGUGAAACAAGAGUUUCAAAGGUGCUUUUUGGUCUGAAUAAUUUUCAGCAAAACCUUCCCACACUUUCCACAUGACAGCAAGCCAUGACAGAUUGACUUGAAUAGAGCUCUGAUCUCCUGUAAUUUCAGAAGGUGGGGAAGGCUAAUCAAAAUGCAGUACUUGUUGAAUUAUUUAGGAAAAGACAGGGACGAGAAGCUGAAAGUCAUGGAAGGUUAGGUUUUCCUUUAAUUCUUACUCUUUAGCCGAGCACCGUUCACUAUAAGAAUCCAGCCUCUCCUCAACUAUUAUUGAUCCAGCCAAAGUGAUUCUGUCUGCCCUCCUCGCCGCUGAAGCGCUUCUGAAGCCGGGGUAUUUGCCAUCAAGCCUUUGUGGACAUGCGCCAUGGGAUCUCCAUUCACUGCACAAUCCUCAUUUUCAGCACUUAAUAAGUUUAGGCCUCUGAUUUCUUGUUGAUGCCGGUGUUGAAAGAGGAGCGCGCACACACUUACAGACACACACGCGCGGAGAAAGAAAUAGGGGGGGCGCAAGGUAGCAAAACAGGGAUAUAGAAAGUAGUGAGGGGAGGUAGCUGAUUUCCCUGGUGAGCUUAUAUCCGAGCUGUCGUCACCUGUCUCUUCUUAGAGAAAGAAGAGCCUUAAUCAUGAACAUGAAAGUGUCUCCUGUGGUGCUGCCUCCUGUCUCUGUCACUCGCUUGUCUAUUAUUUGCUACAGACAGAGUAUUACUUAAUUUUUGUGCCCAUUAUGAGAGCUGUGCUUUGCUAAAGUAAGUCGAAUUACACAUCAAACCUGAAGACCACAGUUAUUUCGGGUUGAGAGGACUGAAGUUAUAAUGAACGAUCUGUAAAGACGCAUGAGAAGAUGAACCACAUGAGAACAAAGUCUCUCUUGGCCUUCAGAUCUUCUUUUUCAGACCCUGGGUCCUCUUUAACAGCCGUAAAAAUACCCUAAUAAUCGGAUCUUCAGCCUGAUCUUCUCUGCUUCUUAUUUGGAAAAUUCGCUUAUAAAUCUGAUUCAAAAAGGAUGAAAGAUAAAACUUGUACUAUGAGAUUGUCAGUGAACAUAGCUUUACAUUUCACUGUUAAUCCCAGAUGAUCUGAUUUAUAUUCUGACUGCUGUGAAACAGAUUGAAACUGACACUGAUGCUUUUUUAUGAUGUUAAAAAGCAGACGAGACCAUCAGCAACAAGACGAGUAGUGUCUGUUGUAAUUUUUGAUGCCUGAAAUUGCUGUGAGGGUGUAGGUUUACUUCUGAUGAAAAAAGGAAACAGUUAAUACUCACAGUGAGUGAAAUGUUUCAUUGUUAAAAGACAACAGGAUAAAGAUUCUGUUUGAAAAAGCACAAGAGAAAAGAGGUAUUACUUUAUCCACAAGGGGGCGCCAGAACCAACACAAAUUAAAGUUCCUUACAGCAGCUUUAACCGGGGAUUACUCUACAAGAUCAUCCUGCAGAUUAUAGGUCAGAUUUUCCCGCUUUUGACCAAAGUAAACAAGGGUCUGAUCAUCAGAAGAUUAUUUUUCCAGAUUUUUCUGUGGUGUGAGGUGUGUGAAGUGUGGAUUUUUCUUCACCCUGAAAGACGAUCAUUCAAUAUUUAUGAUCAGAAAUCCGUGUAUGCGGGGAUCCCUGAGGAUUGUCAUGCGGAAUAACUUGAAAGCUUAUUGGGAUGCAAGCCAGCUCAGACAGGAGGCAAAACAAAUGUAACCAUGGCAACAAUGACAAACAGGAAGCCUAAACUGAGACAAACAGAACCUGCUUGUUGACAUAUGUGGACAACACAAAAACAGAAUGAAACCACAAUGAAGAGAAAAUAAUACUGAAGUGGAAAUACCAUAAAGCUAAGCAGCUAGCGAAGCCUAACUCCCAUUGUCUGCUUAAAAAAUCCCAUUUGGCCACAAGAGAUUUGGGGUUAUAAGAGUCUGUGUUUAUAGCAUUGUUGCUCACCACACAGUUUAGCAACAGAGCUAUUAAAUCAGUCUUUAUUUGUGGUCAUGUGUGGGCUCUCUGGCGGUGGUAAAAUCUGUGUGAGUGCCAGGCUUUAGACAAUGAAAGGCAGGAAAUUUCACAUAUCUCUGUUUCUAUCCUUUUUACCCCCCUUUUUCCCUUUCCUUUGGCAUUAUUUGAACUUUGAAAAGGCACAAUGGGUGUUUCAAUAUUUGCUUUCUGUCAACAAAUGUCCAAGCCCAGUUUGUGGCAUCAUCGUUUUAAUGCUUUUCUUCACACUGGGCAGCAAAGGUAAAAGUUUUAAAAGGGAAAAUGAAAUCAUUGUAAGCAGUUUUACUUGAACGGGGUCUGCAGAGUCACAGACAACAACAGAGCGCAGCCAGACUCGACGAAAAACAGGCCACCACUUCCUGCUGCCACCUCAUCCUAUAGACAGCUGGUGGAGGUGAUAAUUUUAUGUAUGCAUAGUGUGCCUGCACGUGUUUGUCGAUGUGAAGUCACAGUGUACACCUACUUUUGUCAGAGAGGAUUACCUUAUCUCAGUAAGCAGCAGGAGCUUUGUCUUCUCCAACACAACAUGUGCGAUUAGUUCUCAUUGUGUUACAGUGUAAUCUGUGCAGAUAGAGCCAUUUCCUUAAUGCACACUCAUAUAAAGUUCUCAUAAAGAAGCUCGACAGAAGCUUUGUUGGAGUAUUCAAAAAGGCCCAUUUGAGUUUGAGUCUAUUAUACCAAAAGUACGAUAACCUUUCCAAACAUGGCAGAGAAACCUGAAUUAACUUACUGUUGUUGUUUGGCAGUUGUGAGAUUCAGUGGUUCAGGUUGAGCAGCAACGUCUCUAAGGACUCAACACUUGGAAAACAUACGCAGGCGAGAGCUGCCAACCAGGCUCUGGGAAAAAAAAAGAUGGUGAUUUUUUUCAGCUAUUAGACUUUUCCUGGCAUCAACACGCCCAGGUGUAGCACGUAGCCUGGAUCCCCAAAGAUUGUCCUUGGCACCCCACAGACCACUGAAAAUGAAAUGUAGCAGAAUACUAUCAAAUUUAAGACACAUGCAAAACAUGUCCCCAUGUCUCACACAAAAAGCUCAUUAAAGGCUUCAUCCUAAUAGAUUCACCACGUCUCCUUUUCCCGCUCAGCGUGUACAAUCUUCUCUGUCUGGACCAGAAACCUGCGUGUCUAGCCGAAGCUUGUUCAAGCAUGAGAGUCGGUUUCAUUAGAUUUACAUCAGAAAGACAAAAACAAGGAAAUGUGGGAUGGCUACAUGAGCGUGCUGUGUUCACACCAGCAGUCAGCAUUACCAUUUCAGGUGUAACAGACUGAUGUGCACCCUGGUGCCAAAAUCUGGAUGUGAGCAAAAGUCUGUGAAAUGCAGGCGCAAAUUUACAGCCCAGCAAACCUCCUAUUUUCUGCACUGAAAUACCUUUUCCAAUGCUUCAAAAAGAACUACUCAAGCCUGCUCACGAGUGCAGGAGCUCUAAUCUGCAAGUAUCUGGAGAUGUGUGAUGCUUAAAGCUGACAUUUUGACCCAGCUGAAUCACUGAAAAGAAUGCAUGGCUUAAAGGGCAGGCGAUUAGAUGUGUGGCAAAUCAAGAACAAUUAGUGUAAUUAUCACAGAAAAUACUUUUUAAUUCUGCCGCUGCAGUUGACAAGCGACGGUGCUUAUCCCUGUUUUCGGUGAAUAAUUCCUGGUAGGACUGUCAGCAGCUGAAAUGAGUUGAGGUUUGUUUUGUCGCGUGCUGUCACUUUUAAAUGUCGCCGAGCCUUAUUUAAAUGCAGAGGCUGAAUCUGUUCGGGUGACAGGCUGUGGUAUCGGUGUUCCUCAAAUAACUUUCAUUGGGCGUUGCUUUGAUGCUCACAUCUGAUGCUCCUGCUUCACAGAUAAAGCUCUGAGCACUGAUCAUUGCCAUCACUGCUGAUAAACCCGGUGCCUUUUUCAAAGCCCCUUUUCUUCUCUUUUGUUUCUUGUGUCUCUAUUGUUAAUUGCUUACGUUUUUGUAAACAUCAGUCUGGCUCAUUUGCACAGAUGUCAUAUGAUACGAGCGAACAUAAUCAAGUCUUUGUUGUGAAUGUAUUCCUCCUUUUUCUGUUCAGACAAAGUGAGAAAAUACCUGAAAAUUUCCAGUUGAUUGAGAACAAAGUAAAUCAGACUGUUAUGGCAGAUGAUUUGACGUAUAUUACGAGAUAAAAAAGACAAAAUUUUGAGCAGAAGACAGACUGUUUUGUGUUAAGUUGGUGUGCGGGUUUAAAACUUUAAAAAAGAUUGAAGAAAUAUUAAAGAAAGCUUGAUACCAUACUCUCUCGUUCAAUAAAUAUGCCUUUACAGCCAGAAGUUAGCCAAGGUAAGAGAGAGAGAGACCUCCUGCUGUUGUAAUUUUGAUGCUUGUAUCUUUUAUUGUUAAAAGGAUUUGGUGUGCACCGUUACUUAAUGGACUUUUGAGAUGCAGUCAGGGUUCUUUGUCUUCUUUUGACAGGCUGGGCCAGGCUCUCCGUUUGAUUGGUUGGUUAACUAGCUGAAAAAUGGUGUUUUGAAAUAAUCGGCUGAUGCCUGCGUUCUCAAGGCUGAUUAAAAACAUAAAGAAAGAACGGGCAGAUUUGUGAGUGCAAUGGAGAAAGUCUGUUUUGAGCCCUGUACCUUUACUAUAACUCUUGUACAAUACUAUCGAACACUAUAUGAUAUGAUUUGAUACAAGACAAAGCAAUGUGAUAUAAUACAUGAUGAUACUAGAGGAUACACUAUGAUACAAGAUAACACAAUAUGAUACGAAUAUGAUACGAGAUGAUAAGAUACGAUAUGAUAUGACAUAAUACAAUAGGAUAUUAUUCGAUACGAGAUGAUACGCGAUAGUAAAACAGAUAUGUUACGAAAUGAGAUGAUAUAAGAUAAUACAAUGUGAUUUUAGAUGAUACGAGAUUAUAUGAUAUGAUAUGAUAAGAUAUGAUACGAGAUAAUACAAUACGAUAUGUUACAAUACGAUACAAUAUGAUACGAGAUAGUAAAAUGCGAUGUAUGACAUAAUACAAUACGAGAUUAUAUGAUUUGAGAUAAGAUUUGAUAUGAGAUAAUAUACGAUAUGUUAUGAUACUAUUCAAUAUGAAAUGAGAUGAUAUGAUAGAUAUGACACAAUACAAUAAGAUCUACGAUACGAGAUGAUAAGAUAUGAUACAAUACAAUUUUAUACGAUACGAGAUUGUAAGAUACGAGAUGAUAAGAUAUGAUACGAGAUAAUACAAUACGAGAUGUUACGAUAUGAUACAAUAUGAUAUGAGAUGAUAAGAUACUAUAUGAUACGAGAUAAUACAAUACGAUAUUAUAUGAUACGAAAUAUAAGAUAUGAUAUGAAACAGUGAUUACUCAAUGAACAACAAAAAAGGACAUCAGUCACGUUACACAAUUUGGAUAUUGUACUUCUUGAUGCCUUAAACUGCUGCAAGGCAUCAAAUUGAAUCACUAAAAGCACGCUGAAGACACCAUCUCAAAUGUGUCUCAUUUGAGAGAGACAAUUUGACUGAAGAAAAUAGCUUGAGAAAUGUUGUUAGGAACUAAAGCAGCGAAGUUACUGAAUGUACUGUACAUCUUUGCCCACAAGGAGCUCCAAAGUCAAUACAAAGCCAAAGUCGCUCCCAGCAGCUUUAGCAGACACAAUUGAUAUUGAUCUUCUUGUCUUACUUACCAUGUAGAAAAUAAAUUAAAUUUCCAAAUGCCAAUUUAUUCACUUAAAAAAGUUAAACUAGAGGCCAUGUGGUAAAUAAAUCAGUGACAGCAACGGCAGGAAAUAGCUCAAAAGAGAAAAAGUACAGCAGAGCUGAAGAUGAGAAAAAACACGCCUGUCUUGAAAUCAUAUUAUUGAAUUGUCUGCUGCGUGUCAUCUGCUUUCUGUUGCAGUUUAACUGACAGGCUUUACAGCCGCCGUCUUCCAACUGGAGGUUGUUUCAGAGCUGACAGUUUAUAUAGAUGAGUGACAGGUGUCAGAGCGUGAACUUUGUUCUGCCUUGUGUCAGGAGGACAUCAGAAGCAGAGGAGUCUGUUGACUUGAGGCAAACUAUUAGCUGUUACAGUUGCUUUAAUAAAGUAAGCCAUCGCAAGGGUAUACAGCCGUUUUUGAACUUGAAAACGAAGUUUCACAUGAGGGAAAAACUACAGAGAGAGAAGGAAGCACCUCAAAACUUGCUCUCUCAUCCUGACAUCACAGGCGACUGUGCAAAUAUGCUCUCAGGGGUCCCGGUUGUUAGUCUGCCCUAAUGAAGACAAUGGUAACCAUAGUCAAAGUAUUUACUUUCAUUCAAAUGGGAUUCAAAUGAGUAUCAGGCACAUGGCGAAUGAAUUUUCCUCCCUGUCUUUGCAUGGCACCAGGAGAAGCUUUAUUGUCUGAUGAGUUAAGAUGAAGCUGAAACUUUUGAGGUUCAGAAAUGACAGCUCACAGUUUGCAGCUUUUUUUUUGUUUGUUUGUUUAUUUUGUGCAUGAACAUAAUCAGACAAUUUCAGGGUUGGAUGCACACAGAUUAUUUCAGCAUCUUCAUCAUUUGUUUUGGCCUGUAUACACUUCAACAUUGUUAGUGACUGAUCCUACAGAAAGAAACCGCCGGCCACCGCUUUGUUCUCGUACACUUUCCUGAACUGCUGAUGAGCUGGUUUGGAGUCUUGCUGUCAGAUCCAUGCACCCACCCAUGCGUUUACCUUAGCCUGAACUCAGAGGUUUGAAAUGUGGGUCUGAAUAAUGAAAAUGAAAAAAAAACACACACCACCUCAUUCACAGUCCUGCCAUGCCACCCAUUUCUUCCCUGUCGCCCUCUGGCUUUAACCCCUCAUCGCCUCAUUGAGACACUUCGGCUGGCACCCUUCCUCCCAUCCCCCCUCUCAGGCACUUUGUCUCCAUGGAGAUGUUGUGAAUGAAAUUUUGGGCAGCGAAUUUUCCUUUUCAAAGGGUGCUGUAAAAUUAUCAGAACUCCAUAGAAACUUUGGUUCUGAGAGUAUGUAGGCGACAGCUAAGUGGUAUUGAUAAAUGCCUGUCAGAUAUUCACAAAGAGGUUGAACUUUGAAGCAUUCAGAAUAAUAACGGAUUUCAAUUUUCAGUCAAAACAUUUCAAGCUGUGCUGAGGCUGACCAGAUUAGCCUCUCACUGAAAAAGUAAUUGAAAAAUGUGUCUCUGCUUUUCUCUUUCGCAGUCAGCGGUUUGGAGACUGUUAUCGGCCUGUACGGGGACACACUCGAGAUCCCGUGCAACAAUGGAGCUGUAAAAGCCGAAGACGUCCUGAUCCUUAAAUGGAAAUAUGUAAGUCACAGUGGAGGUCAAUGGAUUCAAAAUGGUGAAGUCUGUCUGACACCCACUUAUCAUGUCUGAGCCCCGCCCAGUCUGAGUGCAUGCGCUGUGCAUUAGAGCGUGCAUCUGUGCCUCCAUAUGACACCGCACGAGCAGAAGGUGCUUUCAUUUGAACUGGAAGCCGGUGCCAUAUGUGACACACAGUAACCCGUGCACUUUGCUCUGCUUUCAGGACAAAGGAGAGGGACUUCCAGGAGACCUGCUGGUCAAGCAGAAAAACCAGAAUGUCUCAAUCAGUGCCGCUGAUGAAUACAAAGACCGUGUGACCCUGGCUGCAAACUCCAGCCUACUUCUCUCCGAGGCCAAGCUGAGUGACCAGCGCACUUUCACCUGCAUGGUGGUCGCUGGUGCAGACAUCGCAGAGUACCCUAUUAAUGUGGUGAUCUACAGUGAGUCUGGAGAUAACUUCUAUUAGCUUUUAGAGUGACUGCGAACAAGCAGAAACAAUCACCCUGAACAACUCCGCGGUUCAUUAACACAUUUUCCAUGUACUGCAGAGACGCCGGCGAGGCUGGAGAUUGAUGACAAAGCAGAGGAGCUGGAGAUUGGCAAACUUACCAAGGUGAGCUUUUAAUGACAAACAUUGCUUAUACCUACAGUAUUUUAAGCAGAAAACCAUCAAGGGGAAACCCCUCACCGAGGUAUCCGGAGGCACAGCAGCAGCCAUGUUACAACAGUAAUGAGUUCUUUGAAGUGACUCUCAUGAAUUAGUAAAGAGUAGAUUCUCCCCCUGCUUCAAUUAAAAUACCCAAAGGAUCUGAGGGGCCUUAGAAACGCUUUGGGCAUUUCAUGCUCUGUUGCGCAGAAAAAGUGCUCAGCCCUCCAAUACUGGACAGGUGCUAAAAAAGCUCUUUUCCUUCAGUGUUUCGUCACUUAAAAAGCAUGCAGAUUCCCCUCUCAUGUCAUGAAAUAGUGAUUUUCUCUCAGUAUUUUCGACUUAUAAAUAAAUGUGUUAUGCCUUCGUUUCACAGCUGGGAAGAUGUGUAGCAAAAGAUGCAAAUCCAGCAGCGAAUAUCACAUGGUUUAAGAACAACAAACCCCUGGUGGCUGACGGGGAAGGUGGGUAUUCUUCAUCCUGUUGCAUGAUUAUAAAUGCCAACAGCUUUUCAGAGUGCUCCUGGCAUUUAUUAAUAUUUCAGGCUCAAAUGUAUUUACUCCUUGUGUCUGGGACUUUUGCUGUAAAUUAUUCUGCUGUGACAAAUUGAGCCACAUUUCCAGACUGUAGCAAAGCACUGUUUUGGUCAUUAAACCUGAGUUGUUGUUUUUUUUUGGUUUUCCUGGUGUUAAAGUUUGGACUGAGUUGUUUGUUUUCUGUCCAGGGGUUUCCAUCCAGGCCUCUGUGCUAGUAGACCCCGAUACUGGCCUUUCGACCACCACCUCCAUUCUGGAGUACUCAGCUGAAAGAGAAGAUGCAGAAGCCCAGUUCAGCUGCAGCAGUCAGCACUCUGUGGGCCCAGAGCUGGCGUCCUCUUCUGUAACCUUCAGUAUAACCUGUGAGUUACUGAACCUCACUAACAGCAUUCACACAAAACUUUAGGAAACUGGCCGAUGUUUUCUGCAGACAGCUGUAACUUCUGAACAAAGUAAAAGACCGAAUCCAAGAUGAUGCUUUCUUUUUAUUAGCCCAUGAAAAUCAAUACUUCAUCCUUUAUUGACCUCUGUGGAGUCAAUGUUUUAUUCAUUAACAAAUUUAAAAAAAACAUUAUAACUUUAUUAUUGAGUUGACUUGAAUCACAUCUGUUUCCAUCUGACUGAGGAUGGCGAGUCAGCAUUUUUCAUUUUUUCAUUUAAUUUAUUCAAUAGCAAUAAAUUUGACACUAAAUAUCAACAAAAUCUGCCUCAGAGUGAGACUAGUGAAGCGGAUAAAUCAUUCGUUUGAGUGCAGGCGCCUCAGGUGGUUGUUUUUUGUUUGGUUUUGGAGGCGAAUAGUUUUGUCACCCAUCAGGAAUUGGCCACACAUUUCCAAAGAGGGAUUAAUUCAACAUUUAUUUACUGUUUUUAUGUCAAGUUCAACUCUUUAACUCAUCUGAGCUGUCAUCAUUGGAGACAGAUUGUUGUAUUUCCUUUUGUAUCACCAAGAUAGACAACAGGAACUGCACCCAUGGAGGUGAUUUGAGAAAGAAAUGUGUGGGAUUCUGCCCGGUCUGUAGUGCCUUCUAAAUCAAAUGCAGCAUAAAAUAUUGAAGUUACCUGCUCACCGAAGCUUUAUCACUCCUGGAACACUCUCAUACAAGAAAUGUGAUGGUUUGUCUCACAUGGAGCAGAAACAUUGAGUCUGAGAGAACUGCUUGGUCGGCUGCCUGAGAAUAUGACUGCAAUUUAAACAUCUCCUCAGCUGCAUUUUGAAGUUGGUUGUACCUAACACUGUGACAAAAAAGUUUCUGCACUGUGUAGCGUACGAGCACAGUCAGUUUCUGCAGUCCCUGCAGCGAGCUGCGAGGGGCACACGCUCCACUUAAUACACCCACUCGUACACCCCGUCCCUGACUUCAUAUCUCGUAUUUUCCCCGCAGACUCCACAGAGAACAUCGUGCUUCAGGUCAUUGCUCAGGACCCUCUGGUGGAAGGAGACAAUGUGACUCUGAAGUGUGUGGCUGACGGCAACCCAGCUCCUACCAGCUUUAACUUUAACCUCAAGGUACCCAUUGGCACCUCACCAAUUACUCAUUAUUUACUUGCAUUUAAGCUCAUAAAAGCCUGGAAUCACCUGAAGAGCUGUAAUUGGGAUUCAGCCUGAAAACCUCCCAGGGUAGUUUAAGGAAGCUAAUUCCAUCACACAUAAUGGAAUCUAUUAUAGACAUUUGACAGGAUGAGACAGUCUGAACAUCUGAUAGGAAAUGUGAACCUCUUAACAGUCGGUUUACCAAAAUUCUGCAACUACUAAAAUGGUCAUAGCGGUCAUUUUCACUGCUUAGUCUUUAUUUGCACAUAAUUUGGAUAAUCAACAAUGAAAAACUAACAGUAAAUCGGUGGAAUAGAUAAAAUAUCAGUACACAAAAUGAAAAUUAUAAUGAAUGAGAUUUUUAAGAAUCUUCCUCAAAACACCAGGACGCAUCAUUCCCUGAACUUGCUCAUCCAUCGGAUUCUUCCUCAUCAAGGCUCUGAAGCAUGACUAAAGGCUCCAUACAUGUCAUCUUUCUUCUAGUUGUCAUUUUUGAGUCUAUUGAGUUUUGAGUAAAGUUAUAGCAAGAUUUUAGCUUCACAGAGCUUAAAGUACAAAACAAACAAUAGAGCAGGAGGAAAAUGCAGCAAAUAGUGAAAUAUAGCACCCUUUGUAAAAAGCAUACAGUCACUUUGACUGCUCUGGUCAUUCCAGGUAGUAAUAUUCAGAUCUCAGAUUUGUGUUUUGAAAUUUUAAUGACAAAACAGAAUAAUAUACACACACAUUUAGGAAAAGUAAGGCUGCGAUUGGUGUAUAGGUUAUAUUUUUAAAACGUUAUGACACUGUGAAUUUUUGAAAGCAGUCAAAAUAACUGCUUUGAUCAUUGAGUGUUAACAUGAAUGAUGUCAACCCCAUAUUUGACAGUAUUUACCCGCUAAAAUCAGCACAUUAAGAGGGGCAUAACUUUAAGAAUAAGGAUUGGAUGGUCCAGUAUUUCUCUGCAAAAGGAGGCAGGAAGUGAGCAGCUCCUUUUCUGUCUUAUUUCGGAAACUCAAACAGCUCUCAUAAUGGCUGACACUCAAAGGCUUUCAGGUCAUUUCACUCUGUUACCCUCCUAACCAAAAAUGACUUUUCAAACAGGUCAACGGUUUCUACAGGCCCUGGACCUGCCUUAGUUUGGAUAGACAGAUGUGAUUGACCUGAACUGAAUCAUGUCAGACGAAAAUCUGUUUGCCAGAGUGAAUAAACUUUACCUGAAGGGUUACUUUUUUUUGCAGCUUUUCCUUCCAAUAAUGUUCAAUUCUCACCUUCCACCUGUUUGAUUGUAUGUCUUUAAAGGGAGAAAUGGUGAUGGUGGAGAACACAGACACCUACACCAUCACAGACGUCUCACGUGACACCAGCGGUGAAUACAAAUGCUCUCUUGUUGACAACCCGACAAUGGAAGCGUCUGAGGACAUCGUUGUUAAAUGUAAGAAGCUGAAAUAACUAUUUUUUCUUUUAACAAAAAAAAGAGGAAAGAAAUUACUGUAAUUUUACCGCAUCCAGCGGCAUUGUCGUUUCAAACUGAUGUAAUCUUAUUCGUCGGAAUGAAAGUGAAAUACGUUUUGUGGAGGAAUAAAGUCUAAUGUCUCUCUUUGCCGGCCUUCCUGUUGUGCUGGGCUUUGUGCUGAAAAGUGUUGUGUCAACCGCACUGCCUCUAAUAAGCUGCUCCUGCAGGGCUGUGAGCCAAGAGCAGGGCUGUAUGGUUAACAACAGGAAAGCUUUCGACCCUUGUCAGGCUGCUGAACCAUCCUUUACUGUUCUCUCCUCUCUCUUCAGACCUAGACAUCAAUUUAAGUCCCUCUGGAAAUGUCGUCACGAGCGCCGGCAAGACCUUGGAUCUAAACCUCCAGAUUGAUGCUCCCGGUGACACAAAGGUCUCCUGGACAAAGGUGAAAGGAACCUCUAAUUUAACACGCUUAAAACCAGUGGAGAAAAGUUUGUGCUUGUUAGUGACCGCUCUGGUACUCUUAUUGAAUUCCAGGAUAAUAUGAAACUGGACAAAGAGCCAAAGUUUACCAAGGUGACAUACGCAGACUCUGGCCGCUACGAGUGUGAGGUGACGAUGGGUCUGCUCGUCAAAAAAGCUUCUUUUGAGCUCUCUGUCGAAGGUAAGAGCAAAAGGAGACUCAGACGUGUGGAAGUAACGUGAUUUGCUUUGUUUCUGUGUGAAGAGGUUACAGUCAUCUCUCUUCACUCCCAGCAAGACAGCUAGCAACAAAAAUAAGCAUUUCCUACGUGUAGUAUUUUAUCCUUUUGCUUUCAAAUCAGCUUGCUUUGAAUGCCAUAAAUAGGGUUUAUUUCUGUAUAUUUUCAUUGAAUAAAAAACAACCACUCUAAAAUCAAGUUAUCUGAAGAUGUACGUCCUGUUGCAGGUGCUCCAGUUAUCAGAGAUCUGAGCAAUCGCCCCAGUGAUGACGGCACUCACGAAGUUUUGAUUUGUGAGGCUGAAGGAUCUCCAAAGCCAGCUGUUUCCUGGAGCAUCAACGGCACCGUGGUAUGAUUACACACUCCCCGACAGCAUUAGCCUUUAUGAUAAUCACAUAUAACUCAGUGCAUUACCUCAAGGUUAGGCUAAGCUGCAUUUGUCAGAUCCCCAUGCACAGUUAGAUGCAGGACUUUCAAGUCUAAAAACAUGACGUCUGAGAGUUUAAUAUGCACAGACUGUGGUGGCUGAAUUCAAGCGCAUGUAAGCUCACAACUGCCACUGGGAAAAAAUCCAAACCACAACUUCCCUUUUUUCCCUGGAGGUUUUGUUUACGAACAUCUUAAAGAUAUAAUCCUGAAGAUUUCAGCCCCUCUGGACGUGGUUACCGUAGUAACAGUAAGUUUGGUUUAAGACUCCUGCAAACACGUCCUGAGCAGCUCUGCCAGAAACACGACAGAGGAGCAUCUGGUGCGUCUGUUCUCAGUGCAACCGAGAAAAUUCAAGUUUUAAAGAACAAGUUGGGAAGUUUUGGGGUAAUUAACGAACAGCAAAGCUGGAUUUCAUGCAGCAUCCUGUUCGGUGAAUCUCCUGAACAAAGGUACACAGUUUGAACCUCUUAUGGAUCUACAGAAGUCACCGAAUCAAAAUGACUUAAUAGAGUGUCUGUUGGGAGGAUUAAAACCCCGAAAUGAGCAACUGCCAAAAACUACAGGUGAACACUAAUACCACUUCUUAAUUGACUCCAACAAAAAUGAUAUCUUGGGGGUUAUUCUCAAAGCUUUUGUUGAUUUUUAAUCCGUUCUUUGCUAAAAUCAGUUGGAACGGCUUAAAGCUCCUGUAAGGAGUUUUUUAUGAAAUACACUGAAAUUAAUGUUAAGGCGUUUUCAUGAUAUCCAGAAGCAAAUAAGACCAUUAGCGACAAGAUUGAUAGUUUUAUAACCUAAUUGUUGAUGACUGAACCCAGAGUGAGAGAGUAGGUGUUGGUCCCACAUCAGAUACACAAAAUAAAUAAUGCAUUUGAUUGUUAAAACCAAGUCAGACGAGGUUCUUGUGUAAAAAGUUACUGCUUAAGCUUGUAAAGGAAGAGCUUAGCAAAUACUGCUUUGACACUCUUCAGAGGUUGUUCACAGGAGCUUUAAGUGACCUAUGAUGGUUUAUAUUGGCGGAGAGGGUUUAAAACCCUCGGGAUGAGUCAUGAUUUACAAAAGCCAGCUAUUAUAAAACCGCUGAAAAACUGUGCACUGUCCCUGUUUGAAUAGCAAAAGAAGAAAAGAGCAACAGAGCCAGGUGUCGAUGAAAGAUACAGAGAUUCAAAGCUAGAGAAAACUGCAGGGACUUUAACUGUCUGAGAGUUCUCAGACAAACUCCCUAAAAACUUGAGGUCAAGAGCAGAAUUUGUCAGGUAAAACUCGCAUAUCUUCGCUCGAAGACAACUAUGCUCAGAGAGCAGAGCACCUAGCAGAAAGGCAGACAGGAAACUACUCAGGUAAUUGUUGAAUCAUCCUCUGUGACGAUAGAGCAGCUCUUCGGCUUGAAAUGUGCAUUUCUUUGUUUGAUUAAGGACUGCGAGGAGUUUCUCUAUCGCAAAAAUAAAGAAAGAGUUUUGUCCUUGUGCUUUUAACUUGCUCUCCAUGUUAUCAUGUAAAAAAAACAAGAUUCUUAUCAGCCUCAAAAGUGACCACAGUUCAAUUUUCUUCCUACUGUCCACUCUUCCUCUAAACACAUUUAAGCUCAAAUCAAGUCCUUCAGAUUUCUUGAAAUGUUUCUGUCAAGCAGUCAGUCCUUUCGCUGAGAAAUCAAUACUGGUUGUCAUAGAAAUCCAUCUCCUGUCCAUGGCCAUCCUAUGCGAGAGUGAGACGGCUUUAUCCCACAGUAACAGCUGCAGUGAUAUCUUUGAGAGAACAUUUCCCUAAUGUUGUGAACAAACAGCCCAGGCAUGAAAAUGGAGGUUUCUACCUGCAACUAAUUUUGUUCUCACCUUGUCUCAUAUUUAAUCCCACUCUAAUAGAUUAUACAUUUCUUUCUUCUAUGGACGAGUAGAUGAUAUAAAUAACAACCUCAAGUCCAAAAGUAAAGAUAUUACAAGAUUUAGACCAGGUGGGAUGAUUAUACUGAACCUAAGACUGACUUCACAGAGGAAUGAGAGAAAAUACAACAUGACUUAUGAUAUCUUCUUGCAUACAGCCGCUUACUCUGAAUUCAGCUGUAUUUUCUUUGUUCCUUUAUUCCUCUAAGGUGGUUGCUUUCCUUGUUCAUUGUCAAAUAGUUGAAGCUAAUAUUACUUUAAGGAGUAACACCAAUAAGAUUAUAAAUGUGCUGCAACUCUUAUUUCUAUUUUUCUCAGUUUAAAUGUGCACAGCGUGGUAAAAACAGACAGAAUGUGAAGGAAGUCAUAUUCCACUAUAAAAACCCUUGAGCGGCAAAGGCAAAGCAUCCAGAUGCAAAUGUAAUUGUUGGAGUAUAAUGGCCCUGUUUUCCUCCAAACAAACCUCUGAAUAACAUCAGCAGUGAAGGUGUGACUAAACAAAGACGGACUGUUCGAGCGUCCCUCCCUCCGGACUCUGCGAGGAAACAAAACAAUCCAUGGGUUGUCGAUGUCUUGUCUCGGAGACAGUUCAUGUUUUGCUUUUUUGCCACUAACCCUGUACCGCAGAGCGAGUGAACGCUCCCUGCUAUGUGCAUGGCUGUUUGCACUGCUAAGUAUUUUCCCCAGCUGUCGCUCUUUUGAACUUAUCUAGUCCAACAUUUGCAGGUGGUCGUGCUCAGUGUUUGGAAAGACUGCAUUUCCUUACUUUCCCCGAGGCUCAAACUGUAUUUUACAACAAGACUGUCAUUUUAUCAGACCUGUUUUUCCCUCCUUUGUUUCUGCGGCUUACCUGCUCGCACACUGGCAGCAGAUCCAUUCAGUGAGGCGGUUUGAAUUGCAUAUGCACCUGAGGCUGUGUGUGGGAUGGUUAUGAUUCCUUUCAGCCCUUUCAGUCUGUAUCUAACCUCAAAAACAACCUCAAAACCUGAACCUGUGUGCAGUAGUUAAUCAGCUCCAAAGGUGCACUGAACUCUUUAACCUUAGGACAAUGCAUUUUGGAGGGAACACACUUUUCUACAUUUCAGCCAAAGUUCAUUUAUUCUGCUCUCAUUCAGAGGGAAUAAUGCAGGGGUUUGAAAACAGGCUCAGUAAUGGGUCUUUACAGAAUGCCUCAUCCUUCUGUGUACGAAGAGGAUACGAAAGGGGUGUUGGCAGUUUGUCUUUGUGUCUGAGGUUUUCCUCCGAGACCCAAAACUGUCUACAUCCCACAGGCGCACACACGCACACACACACAGGCUUUGUCAUGGAGAGGCUGAGUCACAUCUUAAUCCAAUGUCGCCCCCUAGUGGUCGUACGCAGACACUUCCUUCACACAAUGGCAGGUGUAUCUCAAACAAAGCACAGUCGAAUUUGACAAAAAUAAAAACUACUCUUUUUCUUUUCUUGUGGUUCAGCUGGAUGAGAGUCCCUUUGUCAACGGGAAGAUCACACACAGGAUCAAAGUCGUGCCUCAUGCAAAUCUGACUGUUUCUUGUAUGGUGUCCAAUGAGUUUGGCGCGGAUUCCCGAGCUAUAAAUGUGUCAUCCUGUAAGUACAAAACGGAGGUAUUUAUUAAUUAUACUUUAACACUAACCUUAACUUAAAGAUUAGCACCAAGAAUCAGAAAUAAGAAACUUGGAUGAAAACAAUCAUCUUAAAAAAAAAAAAAAAGUGAUUGUGGCUAAAAUCACAAACGCCUGUGGCUCUGUAAAGAUUAACUUUCUCAUCAGUAUGGUUCUCUCGUCUCUCUGCUUCUUAUUUUCCUAAAGCCGAACUCCUUAAUCUGCUUCUGUAGAUGUUUCUCUCCUCUGCUCACUAACUCUUUCCGUCUGCAUGUUCUUUCUACACAAUGUGAAGAUGUUUGAGCUAGAUUACCAAACCCGUGUACGUGCGGUGUCACUUCAGAAUGAAAAAAGGUCUAAAUAAAUAAAUAAAGUUACGCCUUAAGAGAUGAGAUUUAAAGAUUGUUUAUGAGGAUAUGAUAGAUUAUGAUUAAUGCCGUCUCUGAGGUAUUUAAGAUAUCUGAUUUGUUAUAUUUGUAGCGGUGAGUGAAGAUCUAACUUUCUGCUAUCGCCAAACAGUGUCAAAUGCAUGCACUUAGCUCUUUGUGCACAUUGUGUCUGACAGCAUGAAGUAAUCAUAUUAUCCUGCGCUCUCUGUGCUUCCUCAUUCCUGUGUGUUUGAGGCACCAUUUCACCUCUUUUACCCUCCUCUCUCGACGUGUGCGUGUGUGUUGGGAUGCUGGGUUUAAUCUGUUUCCUCUCUGAACUUCCUGCAUGCCGAAGUAGCAUAGAAAUAGAGUAGUAAUUGUUAUUUUUUUUCUUUUGGUUGGACGUUAAUUUUAUUUCAUAUCUGAUUUCAGUAAAUGGGGAUGUGAAAAUGCAUAAACGAGGUAAGUUGGAGCAGUCUUUUUGUUUGUAAGAAAUGGUGGGAGGGGCGUGAGGAAAGACUGUGGCUGAAUCAAAUGUUGCUUACUCAGAGAAGUCUCCUUAUAAAGGAUUCACCUUUCACACCGUUUUGGACUCCACUAUUGGAAAAUCAACAUUCGGACAGUGUGUUUGAUCAUUAAAAGACAGGUAUAAGAGGAAUGGAGCUACCAGCAUCCUGACUAAAUGUCAACAUUGUCCCUAUUCCCAUUGGCUGAUGAAAAGAGUCAUAAACAGAAAGCUUUGUCAUUAAACUUAUUGGGUCAUAUCCAUGUCCAGUGCGGAUGUGUCCACUCAUCAAUGCAUUUACUGCUUUUCUGUAUUCAGGGUGUUUACAGCUGUAGUUGAGUACUGGACCAUGUCUGGUUGGUGUCGGGUCUGUGACGGGUCCUCUGUUUUGUUUUUGUUACAGAUUCAUCGGACAACAGCGACCAAACCAAGCUAGUGGUUGGAGUUGUAGUCGGUCUACUUGUCGCUGUGAUUGUCAUAGGCAUUGCAUACUGGGUCUACUCAAAGAAAUCCAAGUAAGUCCAGGUUUUAAAUCUCUGCACAUCGUUACGUGAGGCCUGAUCUACUACAAAUGUUGUAAAUAGUUUUGAGGAAGACUCUGAUUUUCAGUAUAGGGUUCAGAUCACACACCAGCAGACUAAAGCUUCUCAUAAAAUUAAGUGCAGUCGACCUUUAAGGAUCCCUAUGGCUGUUAAAGGUACAGUCUGCCUUAAAUCUACAUAUUAUGUCUCUCUUCUGUCGCUUCUGACUGCAGCUUCAUAUUUAACAGCAUAAGAGAGGAUUAAUCUUCUCAUUGUUAUUAUUAUUUUUUUACGCCUCCGAAAACACAAUUUGACCCCCUGAACGACCUCGAAAAAUCCGAAAAACGCAAUGUUUUAAAGCGACCCAAAAGAGCAAUUAAAAAUGGCUUACUAGCGUCCCUUACAGAGCGCCAGGAACGUCAACUUCUUCCAAUGUGUCCAAAAUUUUACAGGCAAUGUAUCUCAACAAGAUCUUUGAUUUUGCACACUUGGACUUUUUUCUCAGACGCACGGUUAAAGAGUUAUUCUGCUGUUUUCAGCCCCUUUUGGCCAUUUGCAUAGGUCACGCCAAACGUAUCUAGAUUUACUCUGAAAUACCAGUUUAGUUAAAUUGCCUUGCAGUUGACCUCAUUAGGUUUUGGGUUUCUGUAGCCAUGUUGGGACAUAGGAAUGGUGGAAUUCCACUUUUGGUGCUCGAUAUGUAACAAUGACCCAAAAUGUAAUUUAAAAAAUGUAAUAAAACCCAAAAUGUAAUAACUGGUCGAUAAUGUAACAAGAUGCUGAGCCUAAAAUGUAAUAACUUUUUGCCCAAAAUAGCAACUUGUUAAAUUUUGGGUUUAUUACUUUUUUUAUUACAUUUCAGGCUCACACUUUUGUUACAUUAUUGACAAAUUAUGACAUUUCAGGUUUUAUUACUUCUAUUUUUAUAACAUUACGGGUCAUUGUUACAUAUUGGACUUUGACAAACCCUUCUUGUCUGCCUGGUUAUCAAACCUGCACUUGAUAAAUUAAGGGGCUCAGCUCCUAAUUGAUCACUUACCCUGGUGUGAAGUCUUCCUUUGGUAUAAAUGCACUUUUUAUAUUUAAGAUUUUCCUGCACUUGUAGGUUGUGCAAAGUUUUUCUCUUUAAUAGGAACAGCUGUCAUGGUCAGAAACCGUCAGUGUUUCUGGUAACAACUGUCUUUGUUUAAAACAGGCAGGGAAGCUGGAAGACCGGUGAAAAAGAGAGCGGGUCUUCUGAGGAGGAAAAGAAACUGGAGGAGAAAGUGGAGGAGAACAGCCAAAAAGCUGAGGUGUAAAAAUCAACCGCCAUCGUUUGGGAAUGUGAAAGGUAAGAAAACAAACAUGUCCAGUUAAAGCAAAAAUAACACUAAAAUAAAAGGCGUCCUAAUCUGAUUAACACGUUUUUUCUCUUUGCAGUGAGAACAUGGAACUUUUGCACAUUUCUCUUCACCUCCCUCUCUCUUUGGGGGAAAAAAAAAUCAAGCGUACAUUUGGAUGAAGACAGUUUGGAUUUGGUUUCAGGGAGAAUUUGACUAAAAAGCAUAUCCAAACACCUCCACAACCCCUCCUCCCUCUGAACCUACACCCCUCCGCUCCUCAAAAAAAGAAAAAAAAAGAAAAAAUGAAUGGAUACUGUAUGUGAUAUACAUAACUUGUCUGCACUACUGAUACAUGUGUAAACCUGUCUAUUAUUAGGAUCCAUGUUUGUUAGGAUGGAAUUUGGGAAACUGAGAAAAUGCCCAUUUAGUUUUUUUUUUUGUUUUGUUAGUUGAUGCGAGUAAAAUAACUUUUAGACCAGUUGCCUUUUGCUGUGAGGAUGUGUCAGCCCGCGUUAGUCUGUUGGACUCUUUCACGUCACCACAACGGCAUUUUAGUUUCACCUCAUCACAGUCAAAACCUCUGCCUUCAGCAUCACCGUACCGAAUCUCUUCAUUUUUUAAUUUUAUUCAGUCAGGCAUUAAAAAAAAAAAUCACGUUGACUUUGAGAAGAAUUCCUGAAAGGGCUAAGGGUAUAAUAUGAUACUCGGCAUUAGUUGUAGAUGGUUACCUGAUUUAUAUGUUGCAUUGCAGGAGAUAGCUGAUGUGUCACUGAGUUCUUUGGUGUUACAUGAUUACUUGUCGUUAAUUUGUUUGCGUUGCCUUCCAAGAGAGGGAACGACAAAUCUGUUUUUCAAUUGAGCUGUACAUUCAACAUAUCCACUCGAUCACAAGCAGGUAGAUUAUUGAGAGAAUGUGAAGUGAACUCAUUUUUCCACCAUCUCUAGUCAGGCUGCGCAGAUUCUUCUUCAUUUUCGGUUUUACAUGCUAAAGAAGAAACUCUGCCGUAGUCAAAGAUCCUUUUAGUUUUUCUGUGAUUUCUCCACAAGUGUUUACGGUACGAUUGUAUAUCGUGAAGCUACGACAUUUUACGAUUGAGACCAGAGGAAAAGGCGUCCGCCUCAAAGUAGCUGUUCGAAAACAUUUGCCUUCUCAUGAAAAUCUACCUGUAAUCGCUUCAGUUUGUGAUGUGCACUAGCGUUCAUGUUUUCAUGUCAGAUUUGUGUAGAAUACGAUGGAAAACUCGCAGCUGUCUCAUUGUUGGUCCUUCAGGAGCAUUUACUCCGCUUUGAAAAACGGAUCAAGAACCAGGAUGUGAUUGUGAAGUAUGUGGUUUUGAUUUUCUUUGUUUUUGCUAUUUAUGUUGUGCAAGAAAAAAACUGUCCUGGUAGGCAAAUUCAAUAAUCAUAACUUGGAUUUAAUUUGUCGGUAAAUUGCUUGCAGACUUUAAAAAAUAUAAAUAAGUUGUGAGUCAUGAGUAGGUUGCUCAGCAUCUGGUUGAAUAUAGAUUCAGCAUGUGAUAAUCUCAGACCUCUAAGCUGCUGUCUGUCGCCUACAUCGUUUCAAACCAUCUAAUUGGAAGAAUGACCAAAGAAAGUGGACGUUGCCAUGCAAGUAUUGUAAAUACCUGAUGUUUGUUUUUGUACUUUUGUUUAAAAUAAAGUGUACAUUUGGAAAAGUUAUGUCCACUGAUGGUUCAUUAUGCUGUUCUAUAUGUUUUACCUUUUAAAAUAAAGAAAAACACGGUUCA